AUGGCCGCCGCGAUCUCGCGCGCGCGCACAAGUGAAGGAGGAAGCCGUUUGGAUCUCGCGGGGAGCGAGAUCCAAUAUGGCCGCCGCGCGCACUGGGGACCGUUGGAGGCGUACUCCAAGGACCAAAAGCCCGGGAAAACGCGGCAAAAAUGCCGCACGGAGAAAUUGGGUUUAAGAGGUACACAACCUAUAAUACAAUAAUUAUAAAACAGACAGUAACCAAAAAAUAACGACUGAAAGAAGAAAGUAGUGGAGAAAUACCACAUAGAAGAUAGAGAUGGGAAAAAAUAAAUCAGUCAGAAAUAGAAUGAAGGGUAAAAAUAUAUAUAUAUGACUAAUAUACUAAAGGAAUAUGAAUAAAACAGAUGAUAGCUAUAAUAGUAAAUAAAUCAUAGAAAAAAAACCCCACAAAAGUAGGAGACAGUGGCACUCUGACCUGUACUGGUGUGAAGCAGCAAAGAAAGAGGAAAUGACAUCACUGGGAGGGACCUAUAUACCUUGUUAUUCCUUUUUUCUUAUUGGUUACCUUGUUACUAUGUGAAAAAGUGCUGCUGUGAAGCUUAAGUAAAGAAAGUCUUAAGCAAAUACGAAGCCUCCUGUCAUGUUAUAAAAUUUACAAAGAUGAUACGAACAUAACUACCUCAAAAUAUUAGUGGGAGAUUAAAUUAGACCUGCAGAAAUGAGCCAAGCGAAAUAUUUCAUGACUUUGUACAGCUAUUGUAGUUAAAAUGAAUGUGACACCUAAGGUUUUAUAUAUUAUGCAAACAAUACCAAUUGAAGUUCCUAAAGGUUUUUUUAUAUAGGAAAUAUCUUUGGAAACCGAAAGAACCUCAGUUGGGUUACUCAUAUUUAAUUAAUCCUAAAAAACAGAGGUGGAAUGGGGCUCGCAAAUAUUAUAAAUCAGAACAUCUGUCCUGAGUAAUAAAUUUGGAAUAAUUUAGAUAAAGUUUGGAUAGAUCUGGAACAAUAUGCAUUUAAUAGUCCCAUUAAGGUAUCCCCUUGUUGUCAGGAUCGAGUGGAACCAAAACACACAGAACAAAUCACAACAAACCAACUUUUUAAAUACCGGUCCUUAGAAUGGCUGGACUAAUGGACAAAUAGAGUCAAUACGGAUAUCCAAGGUCAAAUCUAUACAGAAUACUGGAUAAACUAUACACAAGCGAAGGUCAAAGGAUUACAGAAGACAGGAAUAAUGAUAAUCCAUAACCAGAAUAAUUACCAAAGAAGAAUACUGCAGUAAAGCGAUACUGGGCCAACAAGAACCACAACAGGGCAACAAGGAAUGGAAAAUGUUAGUAUAUAUUGGCAGGUCUUAACUCCCAUUGGUCUAGGUCAUCUUGGAGUUUUGUAUAAUUAUGGACAGUAAUUCACCUUUUCAGUUUGACAUUUAUAUUUGUGUGCUGAAUUCAAUUUGUUGAAUUCGGUUCAGCAAAUUCUGGAUUCAGGACCAAAGUUGGUCACACAUAAAGGCACGCUGUGUGCAAGCAUGCAGUGUCGAACGGAAUACCAGAGGAAGGAGGGGAGAGAGCAGCAGACCUGAUGGGUAAGUGGGCAGCAGACCUGACGCCUGGCCCUUGGCUAUGUAAUACUCAAACAGUCUUUAAAGAUACAUAAACACCCUACUGUUGCAUGUACUUGCAAAAUUAAGUAAAUGAGAAGGAAAAAUAUAUAGUUGUAGGUUCUAUACCCCAGAUUGGGGCAUUUCGUAAUCGAUUAUAAUAGAGCUUCAACAAAUACUGGACAGAAUUAAAAUAAUUUUCAGCUAUAUUAUAUUCUUAAAUUCUUCAUUAUGUGGCUACUCUGAAACAAACAUGCCAGAAAUCAGAAAUGUUAUCCCCUUUUGAGAAACUAUGCUUUUUACAAAAACCUCAUACUGGAUUGAUCUCUGGAGGUUAUAAAAUAAUAACAUAAAGCAUAUCAUUUGUCAAACCUUACUUUUUUAAUCUGUGGAAGACUUAUUGUAAUAUAAAUCUCACACACGAACAAUGGCAUAAGACUGCAUUAUUAACAUAUAAAUGUUCAUUAUCUAAAAAAAUAAAAGAGAAUUCCUGUAAGAUUCCAUAUGCCAUAUAUAAAAUCCAAUUUAGUAGUCCAGAAAAUUUCUGGAGAUGCUUGAAUUGUAUAGUAUAUGUUCAUAUCUGGUGAACAUGCCUACUUUUGAGUCCGUUUUGAAAAAGAAAUGGUCAGUAUCAUAAGAUCUCCGGAUGACCUAGAUUUGGAAAUGGACCCCUCACAAAUUUGAAUUCAUAACACAAAGCACUCAAGCAAGAAUUAUAGGAAUUAUUUUACAGUUAGGCUGAUUGAUUCAGCUAAGAUUUUGACAUCAUAAUACUGGAAACAAGCACAAAUUCCUUCAUUUAGGGAAUGGUGUUAUGUGGCUUAUGAGAUAUGUAAAAUGAAACAAAUAAUAUUUCUGAGUAAGGGUAAGAGUAUAGAACACAGAGAUGGCUACUUUGGUUUAAACCUGUUUUCCUGACACUAUAGCAUCUUUAGGACCCCCACCCUCAGGGUCCCCCUCCCUUGGAGCUGAAGGGGUUAAAACCCCUUCAACCACUUACCUUUAUCCAAUGCCAGGCUCCCUCUGCGCUGGUGACCUUUCCUCCCCCGCUGACGUCAGCUCCCAAGUGGAGCGGAAUGCGCAUGUGUGGCAAGAGCCACGCGCGCAUUCUAACAGUCCAUAGGAGAGUUACAUUUUACAAUUACAUUUUUGCACUCUGGUUACAAUUUAACAAUUGUUGUUUCAGAUCUGAUUUGUAUUUGGGCAGUAAUUUAGUAUUCCACUGUUUCACGCUCUAUAUGCUGUUACCAUUGUUUUAGUUUACUACUAAGAACGAUUAUUUUAUUGAGCUUUUUUCUUUCUUUUAUGUGUGCAUAAAGCACUGCUAUAGAAAGUUAUAUUACAUCAUUUUUAACAUUUUGGUUUUGCUUUAGUGACUUGUACGUCUAAACAUAUUACUCAAUAUAAUAUACAUUAUUUCUUUUUUUUUAUUGAUUGUCUUCAUUUUAUGUCUAUUUAUACCAUAUUUAGGAAAUGUAUUUGUGAAGUGUAAAAAAUAAAACGAAUAUAGAAAUCCACACGUCUAUAUCCCGCCAGUGGGUAAAUCCAUUUUAGCUCCCUGUCAAUCAUUUUUAUUUGCUCUAUCCUUUGCACUUGACAGUCAGGAUAGAGAAAGCUUACAGAGAGAAGAGAAACGAAACAAUGUUUACAUGUCUCCUCUUUCUUGGAAUGCUUGCCCUGGCUUUGUCUUCUCUGAACUAGGUAAAGAUGUAAUGUAUUAACUCUUUAGUAGAAAUUUAAAAGAGAACAGAGCAUUUCAUGAAAAUUAAGUUAGCUCACGUUUUAAGUGAUUUCAAUAUUUUAUUAAUUGGUAUAAAUUCCAGAGAAGUGAUAGCUCCCCCUUAACAUUUGAUAGAUUAGGGAAAUAUGCUACAAGACGAUCAUUGAUGAUAGUCAUUGACAACUAUUAGCAACCGUAACAAAUACUUUCAGAGUAAUUUUAAAGACAAUACUGCUUAUUCUUAAUUUAAUUCUUCCCAUAAAUAUAUUUUAUUUUGAGAUAUGUUCUGCAGAGUUGAAAGAUCUACAGUUAUUUACUUUUUAAUAUGUGAAUGAUGUAUCCUGAAGAAAUAUGUGUCAACUCUGCAAUAGUGAUGCUUGUAUGUACAAUAUGUAAGGAAAGGUAAAAAUAUCUUUGAAUAUUAGCUUUGUACUUAUUUUAUUUUAUAUCCCUUUCUACAUUUGUUAGUAUAUAAUGCAUUGUGUAGCUUUGCACUCUGUAUCAUUGGAAAUUGGAGAUACACUUUAUAUUAUUCACAAUGGUAACAUGCCACGCAGUUUAUGUACCAUGGUUAUCUGGUGUAAAAAGAGACUGGGAUUUGAAUUUUUACUGAUAUUUAGUAUAACUUCUAUUUUUCAUGGUGAACAUUAAAUUGUGAUAUACUAUUGUUUGUUCUCUUUUUUUCUGCUGAAGAGUGAAUUUCCAUUCUAACAGGGUUAUUCACUAAAGUGAGAAUUAAAAAUGAGUUUCAAAUUUAAGGUCAAAAUAGCCAAACUGCAAAAAUUCUCUAAGUCAGUUAUGAUUUCCAUUAAGCUACACUGGCUUUAAAUUUGAAAUUUACUUUAGAUUAACUUGGAGUUCUCCCUUUAGCAAAUAACCAUGUGUGUCUCUGAUGUUUUGUGAGCAGAUGGAUGUAGGUUCAUUGACAUUGUGCAGUCCAUUGUAUCUUCCGAACAAUAAUGUUGUUCCUGUUACACUAAAGUUCCAUAUUAUUCAAAUGUUUAUUCAGAUUUUUAGAAUAUUGACCUAUGCUUGUUCUGGUUUCUGUUAUUGUGACCAGAUAGGUAGACAGAGACAAGAAAGACUGACAGAUUAUUCCUACUAUUAAAUUAUAUAAGUAAAAUAAAAAAUAAUACAAUUUUAUAUAUAUAUAUAUAUAUAUAUAUAUAUAUAUAUAUAUAUAUGUAUGUAUAUAGAGAUAAAUUUACUCAUACUUACCGUAAUUUUCUUUUCCUGGUCAUAGGCCAUGGCAGCACAACAAUGGGUAGCUCCUCCCCUAUCCCUAGUUAGACAGGAACUAAUUAAAAUAAGGGUACAAAUACCCCCUCCUACCUCCUCCUCCCUCAGUCUAGUUAACAGCAAUAUCCCUGGGUGGGACCUUUGUGCUGCCAUGGCCUAUGACCAGGAAAAGAAAAUUACGGUAAGUAUGAGUAAAUUUAUCUCUUUCCUGGCCAUAUCCAUGGCAGCACAACAAUGGGUAAUACCCAAGCUAAAACCAAGGGAGGGAAAGAAAAACUCAGACACAUUAUUAUAUAAUGCAAGUGUAUUGUCACAAACAAUUCAAUGUGAUGAACAAAAAGAAUAGUAGUUAAUCCUUUGAGGCAGAAAGAACUGAUCUGCCAAAUCCAUCGUAUUGGCCAGCUCUUACAUCUAAACGAUAAUGUCUAAUAAAUGUAUUAGAAGAUGACCAAGUGGCUGCUUUGCAAAUCAGUUCUGUAGAAACCUUUGCUGCAGCUGCCCAGGAUGAAGAAAGGGAACGUGUAGAAUGAGCUUUCAAACCUUCAGGAACACUAGUUUUAGAUGAUCUAUAAGAUUGGAUAAUGGCCGAAACUAUCCAUCUGCUGAUAGUGGCUUUCGAAGCUUGCAGACCCUUCCUAGGGCCAUUAGGAAUAACAAAAAGCCUUUCCGAAAUACGCCAUUCUGAGGAUCUUUGUAUAUAUAUCUUAAGACAUCUUACUAGGUCGAUAGCAUCAUCAUCAGCGUCUUCCCUGUUAUUAGAUUCUUCUAUACUUAAUGCUGGAAGGAUUAUUUCUUCAUUCAUAUGGAACUCUGAAGUUACCUUAGGGCGGAAUUCUGGAACCGUUCUCAGGAUGACUCUGUCCUUAUGAAAUAUAGUAAAAGGUUCUCGAGCCGAAAGAGCCUGAAGAUCAGAAACCCUUCUACCAGAGGCUAGGGCUACUAGUAGAACUGUCUUGAUCGUGAGAAGAUGACAGGAAAUAGAUGCCAUAGGUUCAAAAGGAUCUGCUUUAAGAGCCUUCAGGACCAGAGGGAGAUCCCAUGGCGGAGUAAUAGACUUAAUGGGUGGCUUGAUCUUGAGGACUGCAGUCAAAAAUCUAGCUAUGUCUGGAUCCAGUGCCCAUCUAUGAUUAGUUAAAGCAGAGAGGGCAGAAACAUGCACUUUUAGAGUGUUAUAACUCAAUCCCUUCUCUAGACCUGAUUGUAAAAAAUCAAGAAUGUCAGUAGUUGAAGGGUUCAACAUAUCAAAGGGCCUUGAACUGGCCCAUGAAGAAAAUACAUCCCAUAUUCUGUAGUAAGUGGAUGAAGUGGACUUCUUCCUUGCUUGAAGAAGUGUCUCGAUAACUGAUCUCGAAAAUCUCUUGUCCUUUAACCCAUCCCUUUCAAGUACCAUGCCAUCAGAUGAAGGGAUGCUGGGUUUGGAUGAUGAAUUGGACCCUGAUGUAACAGGAAUGGGACAACUGGAAGGCGCCAUGGAUCCUUCUUGCACAGACUUAGUAGGAGCGGAAACCAAGGUCUGCGAGGCCAAAAAGGGGCUAUUAGAAUCAGUGAUGUCUUCUCUUGUCGUAGUCUCCUUAGCAGAGGGAAGAUGAGGGGUUUCGGAGGAAAGGCAUAAGCUAGGUUGAAGUUCCAACUGCAUGUCAAUGCGUCUCUUCCUAUGGCCUGGGGAUCUGGAAUUCUCGAAAAGAAGUUCUUGACUUUUCUGUUGUUGCUUGUAGCCAUUAGAUCUAUCUGGGGAAGGCCCCAUUUUUCUACGAUCUGUAGAAAUAUGAUGUCUGAUAGACUCCAUUCUCCCGGGUCUAAUCUCACCCUGCUGAGAAAGUCUGCCACAGAGUUCUGAGUUCCUGGGAGAUGUAUUGCAGAGAUAUUCUCCAAAUUCAUUUGAGCCCAGGCCAUCAAAGGUUUCAUAAGUUUCAUCAUUCUGCAACUUCUUGUCCCUCCUUGGUGAUUUAUAUAUGCCACAACUGUGGCAUUGUCUGUCCUGAUCUUGACCCAUUUGUGAAGUAAAAGUUGCUGGAAGUGUAUUAGAGCCUUGAAAACUGCCAGAAGUUCUAGAAGAUUUGAAGGGGUGUCGGAGGUUGAAAAUGCCCAUUUCCCCUGAACAUAGUUGUCUUGAAGGUGGGCUCCCCAGCCCCAUUGACUGGCAUCUGUGGUGAUGAUGAUCCAUGGAAUGUUUCCUAAGGGAUAACCUCUGAAGAGAGAUUCUUUCUGGGUCCACCACUUCAGGGAUUUUUGUACGUGAGGAGGGAUCACUAUAGGUUGAGACAGAUUGCCCUUGAAUUGAGAAAGGAAAUUCCUUUGGAAAGGCCUCAUUCUCCAUUGGGCCCAUCUCGUAAGUCCUAUGGUGGAGGACAUUGAUCCCAGGAGGCUCAUAGUUGUCUCUGCUGAGGAAACACUGGAUGCUAACAUGUCUUUGACCUUUUUCCGAAUUUUCAUACCCCUUUCUGGGGACAGUUGGACGGAACCUUCUGCAGUGUUGAAUGCUGCUCCUAGAUAUAUCAUGCUCUGGGAUGGCUUUAGGUUGCUUUUGGCAAAAUUGAUCUUCCAUCCGUGUUGUUGAAGAUACUGUAUACAUAUCAGGCCGUGAUCUUCUAAUAUAUCUCUGUUUUCUGCCAGAAUCAAGAUGUCGUCGAGGUAAUGAUAUACUGCAAUGCCUUUCUUCCUGAGUUCUCCGAUGAGAACCACCAGAACUUUUGAGAAAGUACGCGGAGCAGUGCUUAGCCCAAAAGGGAGAGCCCGGAACUGAAAAUGACCCUCUUCUACAGCGAAUCUGAGGAAUUUUUGAUGCUGGGGUGCUAUGGGAAUAUGGAAAUAUGCGUCUGCCAGGUCUAUUGACAUGAGCCAUUGAUCUGGAAAAACUGCUUUUACAAUGGAUUGAAGAGACUCCAUCUUGAAUUUCCUUAUGUUUAGGAACUUGUUUAGUCUGCUUAUCUCCAUCCCCCUGUGGAUUUUCUGGUGAGAAAGAUAUGGGAGUAAAACCCAUGUGUUUGUUGAGCUCUUGGAACUUGAACGAUAACUCCAUCGUCUUGAAGGGAUGAGAUAAACUUUUUUAGGGAAUCUCUUUUUUCUACAUCUCUUGGCCAGAUUGUCUUCUGGAAGGAGCGAGGAGGCGGCCUUGUGGAGAAUUCUAUAAGAUAACCUCUCUGUAUGAUAUCCAGCACCCAUCUGUCUUGAGUUGAAUGUUUCCAAAUAUUCUGGAAUAGAAGUAGACGGGCACCUACUCCUCCAGAAUGGUAGGUGGGUUUGUCAUAAAGGCUUCUUGUGAAAUGAGGAACCUCUAGACUUUCCUCCUUUGUUGGAUGAAUGACCUCCUCUCCAUGGAAUGGAUCUUCCAUAUUCUCUUCCUGGUUUAUAAGAUCUGGUAUCACGAAAAGAGGGGUAUUCAGAGUAUCUUCUGGCUCGAAAGGAUCCACGGGUUUUCCGGUCUUGUGGGAGAAAGGCUCUCUUACCUUCUGCAGCUCUUUUGAUGCACUCGUCUAGAUUUUUACCAAACAACAUCUCACCAUGAAAAGGAAGGGCGCAUAGACUAGACUUUGAUGAUGAAUCUGCGGACCAGGAUCUCAGCCAUAAAGCUCUUCUAGCUGAAAUUGAAAGAGCCAUGUUUCUUGCUAAAGCUUUCACCAUGUCCACUGAGGAUUCUGAGGUAAAGUCAACGGCCAGUUUAAUAUCAUUUAAUCUUUCCAGAAGAGAAGAUCUGUUUCUCCCAUCUCUGAUAUCUUCUUCCAAGUUUUCGAUCCAGAUUUUUAAGGCCCUGGAUACUGAAGUAAGGACUAUUGCAGGGUGAAAACCAGUCCCUGCUGCUACAUAAGCUUUUGAGAGAUGCAGAUCCAUCUUUUUUGUCCAUUGGGUGUCUAAAUGAGCCUGCAUCAUCUACUGGUAAUGUGGUGUGUUUUGCGAGUCGAACUACUGCCGCAUCUACCUUAGGGGCAUUAUCCCAAUGGUAUGAAUCAGACUUGUCAAAAGGAUAGAGGCGAGAUAUUCUGCCUUGUGCUGAAAGCUUCUUAUCUGUGUUAGACCACUCGUCUUUAAUUAAUUCCUUAAUAGUAUCAUGUACUGGAAAGGUAGCUCUUUUCUUUCUCAAAUCUGAGAAAUAACGAUAAGAGGUUGACUGCUCUGCAACUGCCUCCUUCAAGCUCAAAGAUUUACGGACUUUGUAAAUGAGGUGGUCUAUCUGAGCAGGUUCUAAAAAGUCUGCAGGGGCCUGAGUUUCUUCUUCGUCUGAAGAUAAGAAAUUCCCCUGGUAUGAUUCCAUAUCCAUGGAUUCAUCUGACGAAUCAUUACGUUGGUAAUCCGAAGGUUCAUGUAACCGGGGUCUUUUGUGACUUGCCCCUGCUUCUUUGAUACCUUGAGCCACCGCUUGUUUUAUGAACUGUACAAAUUCCAUUGAAGGAUUAGAUGUUGCAGCUGCUUCAGAUAAACAUUCUGCGCAUAACCGUUUGCCUUCCAGCGGUUUAUUAUUACAGGCUUCGCAUUGAUUUUUCUUUGGAGAUUUUCCUUUGGAUGAUCUCACUGUUUUCUUUCCCGUAGAACUAUCAUGAUAGGGAAAUAUCUCACAUUAGCACUCUUUUAUUUCAUGUAUCAUAUUCCGGAUAAGGGAAAAAAAUGAUGUGAUAUGGCUUACCUAUAACUCUUAGAGUGUGACCUAUUUUUAUAUCCAGAAGAGUCCGAAUCAGAAGAAAUUGAUCUCCUUUUGUCUUUUUCCAUUUUGGAGUUGAUUAUGAACAGUCUAAAAAAGGAAUUCUUAUUGUUAUAGAAAGAAAGGAGUAAAGAAAUGAAAAAAAUGUGUAUAUACCUUUAAGAAGUAAAGCUUACCUUCAGAUUUUCAGUAAAAUAUAAACGCAAUUCAAAUUGAGAACUGUAAGAAAACAGGUCCUCUAAAGACCUAAUGAGGACAUCAGGUAAUAAUUUAAUUCAACUUUGGCGCUUAAAUAGGCGUGUGACGUCAUAUCUGACGUCACCGCCUAUCCGCGCAUGCUCAAAACGAGCGAAUUCAUUGCUCGUUAACUGCGCAUGCGCGGCACAAACCCGGAAGCUACUCCGGAGUAGGAGGCACUGUAACUGCCUCAUGGGGACCAGACGCAUGCGCGGUGUAUAGCGUGCGCGCGGACCCGGCGUGCACGCGAAUGAAGCUAGCGUGCACGCGAUACAAACGUGCACGCGCGAAACGGCGCGCAUGCGCACCCGGACAAACAGGACGCCGAGAAGGCGUGAAAGAAAAAGUACACAGAAAUAAUAGGCAGGGGGGGGAAAAAACCCACACAUAUGAUCUAACAAAUACAGUAUAUAUUGUAAAAAGUAUUUGUACAUACAUACAUGUGGGCUGUUGUAAAAUGCAGAAAUCCAUCCAGGAUAAAGUCUUCUUGCCACUUCCUGCUACCUCUUGGUCACUGCAGGGAAUCAGAGUUAUUUGGCAUUUUUUUUCUCUUGCUACCCCUAGGGUCACUGCAAGUAAAACCCCCGGUCACUAAGGGGGUAUCUUCAGGGGGACACCUUUGCACAGGGCCGGAUACUGAAGCUUCCCAAGGAAGAGAGGCUGAACUUCCUUGAGGACAGAAGGUAAAAACCCUCAGGUAAGCCAUAAAAGAAAAGUGGUUAUAGUCCUGAAAAUAGACUAAUUUGGUCCUAUAGGGAUAGGACAGGAACAAAAAGACUGAGGGAGGAGGAGGUAGGAGGGGGUAUUUGUACCCUUAUUUUAAUUAGUUCCUGUCUAACUAGGGAUAGGGGAGGAGCUACCCAUUGUUGUGCUGCCAUGGAUAUGGCCAGGAAAUAUAUAUAUAUGUAUGUAUAUACAUAUAUAUAUAUAUAUAUACAUAUAUGAAUAUGUAUAUACACAUAUCUGUAAAAUAGCGAAAUAUGUAUAUUUUAACAAUUAAGAAUUUAAUAUCUCUUGAGAUAUCAGUAUCUCCAUGUCAUGCAUAGUUACCUGAUCAAACCUAGCUAUAUAAACAAACCUUGCCUAUAUAAACAACUGUUUGCCAUUAGUAUUAUUUAAUAGAUGUGCAAUGUAGCAUACGAUAUGCAAGCUAAAUAAUGAACUUACUGAUAAAUCUUAACUAUUAUUGAUGCAUGUUGCUUUUCUACUCUCUUGAUCUCGAGUUCAGGAUCAAGAAUUGCUAAGCAUUUAGGUCUUGGAAGCAUAUCGCCAGGGCACAGAUGUGCAUUAAUAAUGUGCUUAAAAAUAAUGUAACAAAUAAUUAUUACUUGCUUUUUUGCAUUAAGCCAUAGUAGUAAUUUAUUAAUUAGAUAGCAAGUUGUUGGUUGAUUUAAUUUCAAAUAUAUUCACACAACCAUUGUACUGUUUACAUGACGAGCUGAUAGGAAAGGCACAGAGUGCACUGGUAUUACACAAAGUUAGAUAAAGCACUUUUUUGCAAAAAAAUUAAAAAAAUCCCAUUCAGGGAUUUUAUUGGUGUGCAUCCAUAACAAAUUACACUUUCCUUGUAUUUCUCACUCAAAAGACACGGACUACUGUAGAAAGUAUGGAUACCAUCCAUGGGUCUGUCUUGAUAAGGGUUAAAGUGCAGUCCAAGCACCAUAACAACAACAGCUUGUUGUAGUGGUUAUGGUGCCAGCAGUGCCAACUAACUAUCAUUAAACCCUCUCCAGAAUAUUUUUGGGCUAAAAUCCUUGGUCUUUUUGCCAUCUAGCAAUGCCCCUGGCAAGGGCUGCAGACACUAAUUGCUAAAUAAGUUAGUUAAUUAUUAAUCCUUCUGAGUCCAUUUCUAGUGGAUAUGUUAUAGAAUUGAAGUUUUCACUAAAAAAGGCUAAAAAGUCUGGGAGGGGAAUACUAAUUCACUAAACAGUGUUUUUUUUCUGAAAAAGCCAAAUUUAAAAUUUAGGCAAAACAGCCAAGCUGAUUUGGAGAAUUUUUCCAAACCAACUACUUUGGCCCACUUUAUAAUAUUUAGAUUUUCAAUUGCUGCAAUUCAGAGUUUAAUGACUAAGUAUAACGCAAGCCCUGACUAUAUUAAUACAUAUGUACAUGUAUAUUAAUACUUGUGCAUUCUAUUAAAUUAUGUCUCUAUAGUACAUAUAUUAAACUAAUACAUGCAUUAACAUAUAUUUGAAUUUAUGCAUAACACUCUCUGUAAUUAAGUAAUAUUAUUUCUUUUUUACAAUUCGCCUAAUGAAAAGCACUGUUUAUAAAAGCGAAGGAUCUAUAUAAGGAACAAGGCAUACUCUCACAAACACACAAUUAUACAAUCACUGACAUAUGCACCAACAAUCAUUCACUGUCUCACAGACAUAAGCACUCACUGAUACACUACCAGAAGCACUCACUGUCACACACAAAUUAUGACCACUCACUGAAAAUCUUACAGAAGCUCUCACUGUCACACAGAAAUCAAAAGCACUCACUGAAACACUGACAGAAGCACUCACUGUCACACAUAGAUUGCAAGCACUCACUGAUGUAUUGACAGAAGCACUCACUGUCACACACGCAUCACAAGCACUCACUGACGCACACCAACCCUGGCACAAGCACUCGCUGAAACACACACACUAUCACUAGCAGACAAUGACACAAACACUUACACAAUGUGCUUUAAAGACACACACACAAUGUAGUUAAAAACAUCAACAUUUCCACAAUGUAGUUUACAGAGACAUUUGUUUGGGACUCUUAAUGCUGGAUGGAGCCUGGCAGUUUACAGGAUAGGGGAAACACAAACACUUUAUAUUAAUCAAGCCAUAGUGCACUGAUCUACUUGACACAAACAUAUAUUAAUCAACUUUUUUUUCAUAUUUUAUAGUUUAGCCCUACCCCCGCGAAAAAAAUCUUGGUGAUCACAAACUAUUGCUAAUAUUUUUUUUCCCACAUAAAAACUGGUGGAAUGCUGCCCUAAGUACCCAAAUAAUGGACCUUCAAUGAUCAGUAUGGUACAUUGCUCAUAGAUCACCUGUUUGAAUCUUUGCAAAAUAGUGUAAAAUAAAGCUGUAUAACAAUGAUAAUAUAUGUUACAGUAAUGGUGUUUUACUCUUCAUGGAAAAAAUACACCUGUGAAGGUUGACUGACAGGUUAUUGUAGAAAGUACAUAGAUAAAAGAGACAGUUACAUUUGUGAAGUUGUAGUUGAAUGUAUUCUUCCAUAAAAGAAAAAAUAUAUACCUUACCAUGAAAGAAUGAGAAAAUGAGAAAAUGGAUGUAUAAUCUAAAAUUGAAUAUAUCUCUAACAUUUGUAACCAAUCCACUAGGGAAAAGAUCAUCAAAUGUAUUGAAGGGUGCCACUUACUGCAAGUCAGUAGUGUGAUAUGUAUGAUAUAUGUCUGCAACGAAAUACAAUUUUUGAAAGAAGCAAAGUAUGGAAGGAGGAAGAAUUCAUGCUGAGUUUUGAAAUGGACUCUAUGCUGAAUCUAAAGCAAACAUAACAGAAUAUAUUCCAUAAAAUUACAUCAGAAAUAUAUGUGUGCAAUCUUCACACGUGGGGUAUAAAACGUUAGAAAAAGAGGAUUAAUUUCUAAGAUGGUUUGUUUUUCACUCUCCUCAACAUUAUGUUGUGAAUUAAAUACUGCAUAACUCAUUUACUUUAUAGACAACUAAUCUUGAACCUAAAAUAAGAUACAUUAUGAGUCAAUGAGCUAAAGUACUUUGUGAAAAGAAGAGAAAACUCUGAAACGCGUUGUGAGGAUAUGUGCUGUUAUUGCAGAGCUGUUUACUAUUUAUAUUGGAUGUUAUUCACAAAAAAUGAAAGUAAGAAUAUUUUUCACUAAUUUGUUGUGGGAAAGCUCCCUCAUUUGCUUUUAUUACCAAAAAAAUAAAAGUAAAAUUUGGUGUGAUGAAGCUCACUCAUUUGCUGUACCUGUAAAUCUGCUAUGAGGAAGAUUUGACUGUCAGAUUGCUCAGAAAGCAAUGAUGAAACAUUAUAUGUAUUUAUUCAACAAUUGCAACAACUGUUUCAAAUGCCCUAUGGCUUUCCAGAUUUCAGUCUGGCUGACUGUGCAACAAAUACUUUCAGACCAUGGCAUCAAUUUAAAUGGGUUGAAUCAGAAAGGAUUACUAUUAUUUUAAAAAUAAAAUGUUUCAUGUGAUUUAUCUACAAAAGAUAGCAUAGACUUUAAUGUAGACUUCUCUAGAUAACUAAUUUUCAUUUUUUUCCCACCAGAAUGAAAUAAUUUCUCAUUUAAUAUUUUUGAAUACGCAUUUCAUGAUUUAAUAUUCAGAUUUUUUUUUAUGUUUUUACAUAUUGAUAUAUUUUUGUAAGAUAUAUAUUUUUUGAUAUUUUAAUAUUUUGAAAAAAGAAAUUUAAAAGUUUAUCCAAAAAUAUUAAAUCAUUUGAAAUGCUUAUGCAGAAAUAUUAAACUGAGCCUUAGGUUGAAGAGUAGAGGCAAUCCUUUCUUUCUCUCUUUCUCACUCAGUUUCAUUACAUGUUUACCUAUUCUCUCCUUAAUUAUUUUAUUACUCCAUCCUUUUUGUGUAUAUUUAUAGAACAAUGAGAAACCACAUAUCAGAUCUCAUUUAGCCACCCGGUAUUCAAAGGGGAGGCACCCUUGAGGCGGAAGUUACAUCAUACAUCUUUUGAGUGUACUUUGAUCAAGAUCUUUUUUUUUUUGGUUCAGUACUGUAUUACACUAUAUUAGUAUUUCUGUUAUACAAUUUCAGCUGUAUUCUCCUAUGUUUUAUCUUUGUACUUGUUAAAGAGGGAGGUUGUCUGGGACAUCCCUUGGGGAAGUUGUAAUCAAAAUUUAAUCAGAUAAGUGUAAAUAUACCACACAAUACAUGUUGGGUGAGGUUGUGGGUAGUUAGUAUAUGUUUGAACCAAUGGUGUCAUUGUGGCCGAUUUGCUCCCAAUUGAUCCGUUUGUUUAGACAACAGUUUUGAGUAACAAUUGUCGUUUCAAAAGUUUGGUUCUGAGAAGCACACCAGAGCCUAUAUAUUCACAUUUAUGCUCAGUUAAUGUCAUCAGGAUGUGAAGGUAGAUUUAAUCCACCAUUAGUUUGUCUUUGCAUUCUGUGCAUCAGGGAAUUGUGGACCAUUUCAUAGAAACAUAGAAUGUGACGACAGAUAAGAACCAUUUGGCCCAUCUAGUCUGCCCAAUUUUCUAAAUACUUUCAUUAGUCCCUAGUCUUAUUUUAUAGUUAGGAUAGCCUUAUGCCUAUCCCACGCAUGCUUAAACUCCUUUACUGUGUUAAAGGACCACUAUAGUGCCAGGAAAACAUACUUGUUUUCCUGGCACUAUAGUGCCCUGAGGGUGCCCCCACCCUCAGGGACCCGCUCCCGCCCGGCUCUGGAAGGGGGAAAGGGGUUAAAACUUACCUUUUUCCAGCGCUGGGCGGAGAGCUCUCCUCCUUCUCUCCUCCUCCGUUCCUCCUCCUGGGCUGAAUGCGCACGCGCGGCAAGAGCUGCGCGCGCAUUCAGCCCGUCGCAUAGGAAAGCAUUUACAAUGCUUUCCUAUGGACGCUGCGUGCUCUCACUGUGAAAAUCACAGUGAGAAGCACGCAAGCGCCUCUAGUGGCUGUCAAUGAGACAGCCACUAGAGGAUAGGGGAAGGCUUAACCCAUUAAUAAACAUAGCAGUUUCUCUGAAACUGCUAUGUUUAUAAAAAAAUAGGUUAACCCUAGAAGGACCUGGCACCCAGACCACUUCAUGGUCUGGGUGCCUAGAUCCUUAACCUCUACCACUUCAGCUGGAAGGCUAUUCCAUGCAUCCACUACCCUCUCAGUAAAGUAAUACUUCCUGAUAUUAUUUUUAAACCUUUGUCCCUCUAAUUUAAGACUAUGUCCUCUUGUUGUGGUAGUUUUUCUUCUUUUAAAUAUAGUCUCCUCCUUUACUGUGUUGAUUCCCUUUAUAUAUUUAAAUGUUUCUAUCAUUGUCCAAUGCAGCAUCAUUCAGAGUACAGAGAAUCAUUUUUCUAGCAUAAUUAAAGGAUAACUACAGUGUCAGGAAAACGGGUUUGUUUUCCUGACACUAUGGUACUAUGUCAUCCUUGAGGGACCCUCACCCUGAGGGUUCCCCUCCCAUGACGCUAAAGGGAUUAAAACCCCUUCAGCAGCUUACCUUAAUCCAGCACCGGGCUCCCUCUGAGCUGGUGAUCUCUCCUCCCCCGCUGAUGUCAGCUCCCAAGUGGAGCGGAAUGCGCAUGCAUGGCAAGAACCACAUGUGCAUUCUAACAGCCCAUAGGAAAGCAUUUCACAAUUCUUUCCUAUGCACGUUCUGCACGUUGGAUGCAAAUUUUGCAUCCAGCAUCGCAGAAGCGCCUCUAGUGGCUGUUAGGAAGACAACCACUAGAGGUUGGAUUAACCCUUCUAUGUAAACAUAGAUGUUUCUCUGAAACUGCAAUGUUUACAUGUGAAGGGUUAAAACCUGAGGGACCUGGCACCCAGACCACUUCAUUGAGCUGAAGUGGUCUGGGUGACUAUAGUGUCCCUUUAAGGAUAAGAAUAUUUUUGGGGGGAGGGAAAUAGGAGGGCAUGAGCAGUAAGUCUAGCCAUGUUAAAAAAAUAUAAUUGCAUAAAGUCAACAAUGAAUUCAGGUGCUUAUAAUUUGCUACUGGAAGCCUAAAGUAGGUAUACAUUAAAAUGUACUGUUUUUGUGUUUUCUGGAAAGAAAUGUGUACAUUUUCUUUCCUUGUCAGUAUGUAUAGAUAGCACAUUUUUAGUUACUUUAUAUAUAAAUAUUUGCUCCUUGUUUGUAGACAAUAAACAAAGUUACAUAACAAUUAAGUUAACUAUAAGAAAAAAGUAUUUAAAAUAAACACAUUUUCUAUAUGUAACACUUUCCAAUGUUUCUGCCUCACAGUUCCCCAUUUACAAUUGUUCCAUGUACAUAGUCAUAUUGUCCCAUAAAUAUUCAGUUUUCUGUCCACAAUAAUUCAUUAUUUAGUGAAUAGAUGGAGUUCUGAUACCCGCAUGACAAGUGAUGAAUGUAAUGAAUCAUUCCAUGCUCAAAAUAGCCCAUAUAAACAAAUAAAUGCCAGUUGUGUUAUUUAAUAGAUGUGCAAUGUGGCAUGGAAAUGCCAGCUAAAUUAAAAAUAAUUAUAAAUCUAAGCCAUGGAUAAUUAAAGCAAGUAUGACCAUUCCAUAUUUAUCGUUCACAUUUAUCAUGGAGUUGCCAUCGUAUUUUGCUGUUACAAGAUAUUUGAAAUGGCCAUAUACUCAACUGUGUGCAUUCAUUUUAUAGUUAUAAUUUCUCCUCUUUGGGGUCUCUAUGUUGACUGUCUUUAGUUAGACUAUUUAGGCCCGAGUCUUCCAAAUCUAUUCCCAACUAGAGAUGUCGCGAACCGUCCGCGAACUUCUCGCGAACAGUUCGCCACGAACUCCGGUCAGCUGACACAUCCCGGCCAAUCUCCAGCAGACCCUCCCUCCAAGACCCUCCUACUUCCUGGACAGCAUACAUGUUGAAGGCAGCUUCAACAUGGAUGCUGUCCAGGAGGUGGGAGGGUCUGGGAGGGAGGGUCUGCUGGAGAUUGGCCGGGAUGUGUCAGCUGACCAGAGUUCGCCGCGAACGGUUCGUGGCGAACCGUGGCGAACCAUUCGCGAGAGGUUUGCGGACGGUUCGCAACAUCUCUAUUCCAAACUCACCACAACCCACUGUUAAUUGAACAAGCUUCUUGAUCUUUACCAUUAACAUGUAAGUAAUUACAUUUGCUGUCAUUAUAUAUAAUACUAUUUUUUAAGAAGAUAUUUAUAAAUAAAUAUAUAAACAUACAAAGAAUAAUAAUAACAUCUUGUCAAGUUAAAUCAUGUUCCAUCUGCAUGCAGUAAUAUUAUAAUAAUUAAUUAACUUAAUGGCUAUCAAAGUGUAAUGUGACAGAACAUUGCAAAGUUUAUAAGACUAUACACUUUAACACAAUAAAUCACUGAAGAGAGAAUUGAUUGGAAUACAAAGUGCUUUUCAAAUUUAAUUUAGGUAACAUAACUGCUACCUACAUUAAAGGUGCACAUGUGAAAGUUAAGCUCUAUGACUGAGGAUUCAUAAGCCAAGCUGUUUAUUUGAAAAUCAAAUAGUACAGAAAUAUGAAAUUGUGGAAUGCUUGUAGCAUAGCUGACUUGAAGUUUGUUUGUUUUUUCACAAAUGGCUAUUUUGGCCAUAUAUUUGAAAUAGCUUUGAAUUCACUUCGAAUUAAAGACAUCUCUCAUUUUAGUGAACAACCUUGGAAGAAUAAUAGAGAUUAUGAAUAAAGGGUCACUGUGGUUAAAGAUGUAAAAGUGGAACAAUCACAGUGGAAACGAAAAGAAUUGUCCUUCUGAUUGCUCUACUUUUCAAAAACUUUGUACCAAAUAAUUCUUCUUUUACAUCACACCAGUAGAACCGGGACAUAUGCUAAGUUAUGAUAAACUUGAUGGUAUGUGUUGCCUGUGUACCUGGCCUAUUGUGCUCUUAGCAUAAACUCGUUACCAUUGGCAAAAUUAAACAUCAGUAUGGGUCAGGUACUUUUAUUGAAUGGCUAAAACAUAGUCCUGAAUUGUUACACACAGAAAAUAGAACACAUUCAACAAACAUUGAUUUUAAUUACUGAAUAUUUGGUGACAUUAUAAUGUCCACAUUACUUGUAUUUGUGUGUUACUUCAUGUGGCUAAAUAACAUAUUUUCCAAAAUGCAUCUAAUUAUGUGUAAACAAUUGUCUGGGUUGCUCUUUUGAAUAACAUAGUAUAGUUUUGCAAAACCUGUUUUAUGUUGCUGGAUGCACAAUUUGAUACCCUGCAGUAAACCUCUCCACUAAAACUUUCAACAGAACAUCUGCACUUCUAUGAAUCAGACUAUUAUCACAGCCUGAUUAGUUUGACAAUUAAACGCUCUAAAAGAUAUUUUAGCUAAGGGUGACUAGUCAUUCUAGCCCAUAUGUCAUCUGUGUAUUGACCCACUCUUUCAUCACGCAGAGCGUUUAUAAUGCAUUUCUACAUAACGCUAUCAACUGAAUGCAUAGUGAACUUACUGACUGAUAAGACACAAUACGAUUAAUGUAAUUUUAAAAACUACAUAAACAUCACACACUUUUCAUAAACUAAUCUUGUUGAUGAUAUUUUCCUAGAGCACAUAUAAGGCACAUCUUUAUACAAAUAUAAAAGAAAUACACAAAAUAAUAAAUAGCAAUACAAAAUGACAGAUCAUUUUUUCUUGAGGGGGCUGGGGUAAUCUAUAUUGUAUAUUUAUAUAAUUUUGAAAAUAAGCACUCCAGUAAAGAAUGCUCUGAAAGAUGUAUAUGUAGGACUGCCUGAUUUUCUUAUAUUCACAAAUAAACAAUUAAACGAUUUUGAAUUCAGCAGAAUCAAGACUUUCCAGAAUUCAGCACCCUGGACAGCGGUAGGCAUCUGGUAUUGUGAGAAUUAGAGCCUCUUGUGCAAGCUAAUAACAUUAACAUAAUGGAGAUGAGCCUGCUAUCACUUCUGCACAAUCACAAUAUUACAGUGUGAUGAGAAGGGGCUGUAUUAAAUGCCUUCCUGAACCCAACUCAUCCACUUCAUACUGUUGUACAUGUAUCAAUGCCAACACAUUAUAGCACGUUUCACAGAGCGCUUUCUCCACAACACUUUUAAGCAGUUCAAACUCGUAAGUUAACCCACAAACGUCCACAUGUAAAGAAGAAAUAAAUAUUGAACAUACCUUAGGUCAUUUAACCCCCAAAUUCCUUAAGACGGUUUGCAGAACUAAGUUAUAUCAGGAUGGAAUCUGUUUGUCAGUGCGAGCUAUAAAUACACCAAAAGCCACAUAUACAGUGAUAGGAGAAAAUGAACAGGUCCGGUGUAUUUUUCCUGUAGAAAAACAGAAGAUUGUUGGAUGAAGCUAGGGACGCCCCUUUAAAGAUGAACUCCACCUUGAGCCAAUAGCACAUGGCUUAAAGAUGACUAUGUCCUGUAAAGCCAUAGAAUAACAAAUCCUAUUGCACUGAGGCUGCUGCAUCUCACCAGCACAUAGCAAUUACAGAAUGCUCUAAAAAUAUAAGCCAUUACAAGACGAGGGAAUUUUAUAGUGCCAAUCAAUGUCCCAGCAGAGGCUUGUUUGAAGGUCAGUGCCAUCUUGUGGCUAUACAUUUUUUUUUUAUUAUUUAUUUUAUUAAGUUAUUGCAUUGCAUACUUCUGUUUAUUAAACAGAAGAAAUAUAGAUCUAAACAGAAGCAAUGCCCAUGGGAGAAUGAGCUUAUAUAUGUUCUCUCUUUAGUGUAAGAAGGAUCUGUUGAAUAUUUCAAAGGGGCACUUGCUAGAUUAAAAAAUAGAAAUGUUUGCUAUGGCUGUGUGCUCAACUUUAACAACAUCUCUCGGAAUCAGAAUGUUAGCAUGUUAGUACGCUCCCUGGGAAAGUCGGUGCAUAAAGUAUGUGGACACACAAUUUGCAUUUAUUUAGCCAGUCGCUCGUUCACAAUAAAUCAAUUACUAGUACAAGGUUAGAUCAAGGUUAUUAGGGUGAGAGAGAGAGUUUAUGUAGUAUGCGUAUGUGUGAGAGCGAGAGAAAUAGCAUUUCAGUAUGUGUGUUUGCGUUGUAUGUGUGUCUGUGUUAUAUGUGUGUUUGUACAAUGAAUACUUUGCAAUUGCCAUAACUUGCAAAGGUAUUAUUACACAGAUAAUAAAGCAUACAUUUGUGUGUAGAUAUGAUUCACAAAUCCCUCCCUACCUCAUGUCCAUGAACGCUCACAUGUAUUCAAGCACACACACACACACACACACACAAGCAAUUAUAUUACUCAAAGCUAUUCAUCAAAUGGUUAUGAGCUGUCACGAUCGUUUCAGUGGAUUGAAAUAACUUGGUUAUAGAGAUAAUUUAUUCACGCAGCCCAUUAGCUCUACUGAGUUAUGUAGGUGUUUCUCUCUCAACACGUAGUUUAUUGUUAAAUAUAUUGUAGAGUAGUGUAUGGAGAAUGGUGAAAUCUAACAUGGUUCAAUAGCAUCCAGAUUUAAUGAGAAUAAACUAUAGCACAUGCGUAAAACAUUUCUUUCAUAGUGACCAGAAAACAUUGUGCAAUGUUAAUGCGUGUAUUUAGGAUUUUAUUUGUAUUCUGUUGCUGAAAUUUACCAUGCUUUAUAUAAGGUUCCUACGCUUUAUAUAAGGUUCUUUAUUUCUUGGAUGUAUUCAUUUUCAUAUAUUGGCAAUAUAAUACAUAAACACAGCCUUUGUUUUAUUUUUCUAAAUAUGGGACAUACAUCAAAUAUUCGUUUAUCAAUUACAUUUCUAGAUAAUGUGAAACGUGAGAUCCCCCAUUGGUUUUGCCUUUGUUGCUGUUGUUUGUUUUUCUUCUUCUUCUUAAUGCAACCACUAGUGCACGAAUUAUGAACAUUCUAAUAUAUAUAAUCAUUAUUUUCAUGCAAUGUAUGUCUAAAGGAACUAUAACCUCAGGGGAAAAAUUAAAUGAUUUAGACCACCAGGUGGCACUCUGGCCCACAGUCACCAGAGAACUAUUAACUCCUAAAGCAUUUCAUACUUCCUCACACUUCAAAUAUGUUCUCAGCUCAAGUAUUUUUCCUUUGGUUUGAUAUUCAAUUGCAUUUCUCUAAGGAUUACUAAGCAACACCCCCCCAGAUGGGUAAUGUGGAGGUGAUGUGGGUUUAUGGCCAGCUAUGCAAGAUCUGAAGCUUUUGCAGAUCAGCUUGUGAUGUGAGUAGAACGAGGUGGAGCUCAACUACAGAGGGCGUCCCUAAAUCUUCAGCAAUCUUUUCAAUCUCAGGCAGGGAAUUUACUGGAGAUAUGAAUCCUCUUUCUGUCUAUCCAUUCGUUCGUACAUCUCUCAGUCUAUCCUUUAUGUGCCACAAGGAACAGCUGUGGAGCUAACAAGGUAAUGUACUAUUGCAGUUACUGAUCCUGUGCUGCACAGAACUGUUGCCUAAAGUAAAGGUGCAUGAAUGAAUGUUAAUCGCUAUGACUGAGUGAUAAGAAGCAUGGUGUUAUAUUUAAAAAAAAAAAAAAAAACUAAAACAUGAUAGCAGAUCAUGGCAUGUUUGCAGCAUAGAAUCGCAUCAAGCAAAGGGUACUUCUCCAACUACUUUUUUUGGAAUGUUGGUCACGUGUGAAUUCUAUAGAACGUGCUGUAUCGGUUACUGUUGAUCAGAUUGAGGGACUAUUAGUAUCACACACUCUCUCUCUCUCUCUCUCUCUCUCUCUCUCUGUCUCUCUCUCUCACACACAUAUAUUUAUUUUUUGGAAGUGAAAACACAGGAUGUUCCUCUUGCUAUACAUAAGGAUCUCUGUGUUUCCAUUGCAUUCACCUGAAGUAAGCAUACUGUAACCCUAUGCUAUGUUUGCAGUUAAAGGUAGGGCAGUUUGUCAAUUAUGUGAGUGAAAGGGGCAUCCAAUGGCAAAGCCUAAUGCUAUGUGUUUUAAUAGGAGAGAUAGGAAAGGCAAAGCUAUGUGGCACAGACAGUGCAGAACCUGCUGCCCAUUCUGUAACACCUGCCUGUUACUUGUCACAUUGUUUCCAUCGUAUGUAACGAUUGUCGCUUAGUCUGGGAACGUUUAAUGUCUGUACUUUUGCAAACUAUGUAACGUGCUUACUGAUAUAAGUAGAUAUUGCCAUCUUUAAUGUGGGAAUCGAACAAAUGUAAAUAUGUUGUUUAUUUAAAGUAAGCAAUACGCAGAUUAUAUUUUUAGUAUAAGUCAUUUAGUAAAUUGUGAUAUAUUUUGUUGCAGGAGUAGAUCAUUUACAGAUAUAAAAUGGGAUGAUUAAUCUAAUCUAUCUAUCUAUCUAUCUAUCUAUCUAUCUAUCUAUCAUCUAUCUAUCUGUCUGUCUGUAUGUCUGUCUGUCUGUCUAUCUAUCUAUCUAUCUAUCUAUUUAUCUAUCUAUCCAUUUAUCUAUCCAUCUAUUUCUAUCUAUCUAUCUAUCUAUCUAUCUAUCUAUACAUCUAUUUCUUUCUAUCUAUCUAUCUAAUCAAUCUAUCUAUCUAUCUAUCUAUCUAUCUAUCUAUCUAUCUAUUUCUAUCUGUCUAUCUAUCUAUCUAUCUAUCUAUCUAUCUAUCUAUUCGUUAUAUAACAAAUGUUUUGAAUUAAUUUAAAUAUUGUGGUAUACCACCUUUGCACUCUAUCUGCUAUCUUCUCCACCUCUCUCUCACUUUCUGUCUCUAUUUUGAUCUACCUCCUCUCCUCCCUCUUCUCCCACACAAUACACAAAAUGUGACACUAUUUUGCAUACUUGUGCAGUUUGUGUAUAAAUGGCUAUUUAUGUAUAUAUACAUUUAAAGGACCACUAUAGUGCCAGGAAAACAUACUCAUUUUCCUGGCACUAUAGUGCCCUGAGGGUGCCCCCACCCUCAGGGUCCCACUCCCGCCCGGCUCUGGAAGGGGGAAAGGGGUUAAAACUUACCUUUUUCCAGCGCUGGGCGGGGAGCUCUCCUCCUCCUCCUCCUCUUCUCCUCCCGUCGGCUGAAUGCUUGCGGCAAGAGCUGCGCGGCAUUCAGCCGGUCACAUAGGAAAGCAUUCAAUGCUUUCCUAUGGACGCUGGCGUGCUCUCACUGUGAUUUUCACAGUGAGAAUCACGCAAGCGCCUCUAGUGGCUGUCAAUGAGAUAGCCACUAGAGGAAAUAGGGGAAGGCUUAACCCAUUCAUAAACAUAGCAGUUUCUCUGAAACUGCUAUGUUUAUGAAAAAAUGGGUUAACCCUAGCUGGACCAGGCACCCAGACCACUUCAUUAAGCUGAAGUGGUCUGGGUGCCUAGAGUGGUCCUUUAAGGAUAUAAAUGUGGGUGUGUUUCAACAGGCAGAUCAUAAUUUAAAAACCAAUAGUUCCAGAAUGGUGACUUCAUCCAUGAAAUUAUUCCCUGUAAUGAACAGGUAAUAAUGCACAGUUCAGCUCUGUGCUGUCUAAGUCCAUACUAUCUGGCGGAACUGGGAUAAUAUAUAUGUCCUGCUCUGCCUAGGAUUAGUGGACGUUACAAACACAAGUGACACCAACCAUCAUUCUGCAGUUGAAAUAGCUGUGACCUGGGACAUGUAGCUCCCACUAAUCUCAAGCAGUACUGGGAUAUGUGUGACCCAGGGAUGCCGUUAGAGCAAUCCACUAUUCUCCCCUAGUUGACUACACUAUAUUAUUACUUAAACAUCAACAUCACAUUGCCCUGACCCUAUCACUAUAUAGUAACCACUAGACUACAAUAACACUGAAUAUUAACCUAUAAACUGCACUAACCCUUAUACAAGCAUUAACCCUAACCUAGAACUAUUCAGUAAUAUUUGUAGUAUACAUAACUGCAAGUCAGUAAUUUCAGGGUUCAGAAAUAAUAUAAAAUACUCAACCUUGGGUCUCAUGGUUUAUUACAGUAUUUCCAGAACCCUUCGAUGGCAUUAUAUUUUCUCAUCAUACAUAGCUCAUCAUUAUGUUUUCUCUCUUCCCCUCUCUCUCUCUCUCUCUCUCCCUCUCUCUCUAUACAAAUUGGCAUUUCUAAUUAUAAAAAGACAGCUGAGACAUUAUAUACUGCCGUUAUACUAAUAAGUUAGCAAAAUAAUGAUAGGUGACCAAAAUAAAACAGAUAAGAAAUUGGUCAUAUAAGGCAAUAAAGGAAGACAGGUAAAUAAAUAUAGUUACAUUCUGUAAAAGCAUAUUGGCUGGAAAGCAAAAGAAAAUAGUUACAUUAUCUGAUUUUAUCAUCCCAUAAUAAUCCAUUUUUAAGUACAUUUCUCUCUACAACCUGUCUUCACUACUUUGCAGGCGUUUAAAUGUACAAAUCACAAUGAUUUCAGCUGUUUCUUGUGUAUGCUGGUAUGUCCAUUUAGUAGUCCAAAGUUUUCAUCCACAAAGUGCAGAUUAGUUAUAGGAGCCCACUAGUGCAGUCCAAAUUUAUUCAAAAAGCAUUCAAAGUACAGACGUUUCAGAACCCUGUUCCUUUAUAAAUGAUAAAUGCCCUCCUUUGUGGGUGAAUACUUUGGAUUGCUAUAUUUUGCUUGCUGUUGGGGCCACAGCAGCUUAUACACAAUAGCUGCACUAGGUUAAACUAUUUUGCCUGUUGGUAUUGUGCUAUACCACACUCCUAGAUCAUAUUUGUGUUUUGUCCAUUUAGUAGUUUGUUCUUAGAUGCUUUAUGAAAUAUCAGUCUGAGUCAUCUGAUUCUGUCACUCAGGGUCAGAUCCAUUGGAUUGUCUGUAUAGCUGAGGCAAUAUGUAAAUGUGAUGUUAUAACUUACAAGUUGUGCUAGACCUGUGAAGUAAUGUUGACUUGCAUAUGUUUAAAUAUAUAUAUUUAAUAUGUUAAAUAUAUGUUGACGAGUUCCCUUCAACUGAUUACUGGUGUAUAUUUAUUUCUAUUCUUGUAACAUCUGUUUUAUUGGAAAUUGUUCAAAAUAUUGCAUUGUAUCUUGUUAUUUCAUAUUGAUUUGCUCACUUGAGGUCUCUUCUCUCACUGUAAGAUAAUCUCUUACAGUAAAUGGCUGCAGGUAUCCCAUAUGAGCCAACAACUCCACCAAAUAUUUCCAUUGUAUGUAUAAUAUCUCAUCCAGUUUGUAUGUGCAUAGAUAUGCGUCUGGUUUUCCAUAGUAAGUCAUUAAUAGAUUGUAAUAGUAGCUUGGGAUCUGAGAAAUAUAAAUUUGAUGUAUUUUUAUACUCUGAGACAAAGGGUAAAAUUAUUGUUACAUUGUAUACCUUUUUUGUUUUUGCAGAUUAUAUUCCACAUUGCCUACAUCUGUAUAAAAUUAAAUUUAAGUGCUGAAGAAAUACAAUUUAUUGUGGAUUACACAUUUGAUGCUUCAUCGUGCAUUCUGCUGAAAUGUCUGAAAAGUCUCCAGAAAUUGUAAUCUAUGUAGUGACUCUAAAGGUUUAAGUGUUCCUAGAAAGUGACUGUUUUAAUUGGUAUAUGAUGUCAUACUGGUGAUCUGUAUCUUUUUCAACUUGUAUUCUGGUUUCUUGGAGGGUAGCAAUAUGCAUAUUAUUGACAUCCUUGACUUAUUUUACACAUAUUCUAUCAAGUGGUUGGUGCCAUAGCUUAACCCUGUUAGAUAGGUAUUUGAGAUCUAUAAUAUUCAUAUUCAUGAACUUUUAUCUUAAAUAUUCUGAUGUGUAAAAAGUGUUCACAAUUAUCUGUUGCAUACCCAUUUUGUUGCAUGGCGUAGGGUGCAUUAUAGUGCUGAAAGAGGCCAUUGCCAUCAGGGAACAUCAUUGCUUAGAAGAGAUGUAUGUUGUCUGCAACAAUUUCCAGGUAGGCGGUACAUGUCAAAGUAACAUCCAUAUGAAUGCCAGGACCCAUGAUUUCCCAGCAUAACAUUGCCCAGAGGAUAACAUUGCCUCAGCCAGCCUGCCUUCUUCCCAUAGUGCAUCCUGUUGACAUCUCUUCCCCAGGUAAACGACACAUAUGCACCCAACCAUUCACCUGAUUUAGAAGAAAAAGUGAUUUAUCAGAUCAGGCAACCUUCUUCCAUUGCUCCAUGGUCCAGUUCUGAUGCUCACAUCCACAUUGAUGGCGCUGACAGUGGUCGUUAUGGGCACUCUGACUGGUAUGUGACUGUGCAGCAAACUGUGAUGCACUGUGUCUUCUGACAACUUUUUAUCAUUGUCAGCAUAAGGUGUUUCAGCAAUUUAGCUGCAGUAACUCUUCUGUGUGAUUGGACCAGGUGGAAUAACCUAAUGUCAAUUCACCUGUUGUCCUUCCUUGCACUACUUUUGGUAGUUGCUAACCAAUGCAUAGCUGAAACACCCCACAAGACUUGCUGCUCUGACUCAGUCCAUCACUAUGUAGCCCUUGUCAAAGUCACUCAGAUCCCUUUACUUGCCAUUUUUCCUGCUCUUAACACAUGAAAUUCAAGAACUGUCUUUUCACUUGCUACCUAAUAUAAUGUGGUCUGUAUCUCCUGUCCAAUCAAGAGUUGGAAAAAAAGAUGAUUGAUGGUAAGAGGACAGCCAGUAAAUGUUUAUUAUAUUCACAGAUCAAGUGUGUCUUCUGCUAGCCAUUGUCACAUACUUGGAACACUGCCACUAAUUGGAAUCACCAAUUUUCUUUUUUUUGUUAGUUGUUUGUUUGUAGAAAUUAAAAAUAUGUUUGGGAAAUUAUAGCACAGUGGCAUUCACGCAAACUUUGAGCAGAAGAUAACCUGUUUUGUUAAUCCUAAUUGUUAUAAACCAAAAUGGAAGUGCACACAUUUUCUAAUGAGGACCUAGGUGCACCACGAAGGGAUGGGCAAGUUCACAACAAGUCGAUUUGUAAAGAGGGCCUGGGCACAGAGUGUAGUAUCUAAAAUAGCAGAAGUUUAUUUCAGGAACAGUUACAGAAACAUUUCAGCUCAAUACAUAAGCCUUCCUCAAGCAGAUAAACCCCUUAGUGACCAAGGAUGUAUCCUGUACGUCCAACAAAAAUAACGGCCUCAGUCGUACCUGAUACGUCCGUGGCACAUUUGAGCGAUGGAAGCGAUCAUUAUCGCUUCUGUGGUAACUUGUCUUCCUUGCAUGGUAAUUUGUCUUCCUUUCAGGAUCUCCCUAAACAAAGAAACAGAUCUAGGUAGGAGGGCUAAGAAUCUUUCCUUCCCUCCCAUAAUUGCUAAAGGAAGUGAUACAUGACCAGGAUGUGAUGUAAAACACAUCAUCUCAACUAAGGGUAUAUAAGAUAUUGCCAGGCAGGAAAUCAGUUUGUUGCUUCCUUUUCUUCCUUGGUGGAUGUGAUGUUGAUCUUGCAGCAGUAAGCCAUUACUAGAUGUGAAGGUCUAACCGUGGGUGAGUUCAAACAUGUGGGGAAGGGGAUUACUAUAUAUAUAUAUAUAUAUAUAUAUAUAUAUAUAAAGAGAGAGAGAAAAAGAGAGAGAUUAAAAAGGGUUGUUGCUCCUUGGGUCUGGGCUGUGUGUUUGUGAUAAAUUUAUAGUAUUGUGUUGUUGCCUUCUAAUAAAUACCUUUUAAUGUAGACAAACCUUGUGUAAUAUAUAUAUAUUAAUUUGGUAAUACACCACAGCUUCCAGCUGCACUAAGGGUAUUGCAGCGAUACCUCGAUGUUGAGGCAUCCUGCAAUACCCCCCUCACUGCUGGGCUGCCCGGUGAUUGCUACCCCAGAGCAGUCACUUCCAGGUUUCCCCACGUGGCUCCCGGCAGUGAGGCAGAGCAUCAGAAGCCAUCAAACAGGCUUCUGAUGCUCUGCCUGUGUGCUGAGUGCCUCAAGGGGUCGAGGCACUCUGUGAAGAAUAAAAUAAUAAUAAAAAUAAAUGCAUUUAUUUACUUACCCAAUCGCCGCCGUUCCCCCGCCGGCGAUCGGUGUUCUUCUCCACUGGGGGGAUAAUCUGACAGUCCAGACAGUCGCCCUUCUGCAAAAUAGGACCCCAAGGGCAUGUGAUCGCUCUGAAAGGGUGAUCACAUGGCCGCUAUAGGUGUCCAUAGUGCUACCUGUAGGGGGACUGCCUGAACUGACAGGCAGUCCCCCUGCUGGUAAAAAAAAAGUAAAAAAAAGUUUUAAAAUAAAGAAAUAAAGUUAUUAAAUAAAAAAAUUAAAUAAAUAUAUACGUCAUACUAAGUGCAUUUUCUUAUUAAUAUAUACAUAUAUUAAUAUAAAAAUACACUUAGAGAAAAAUUACACACGUAUAUAUAACAUAUAUUGUGCGCAGCCACUAUCCUGACAUGUGGGUAAGCACAUGCAGCCCCAGGGAAAGUUAAUUUUAAAUAUUAGUGUUUCAAAACAGUAAUACAUAUCACAGCGAUGAUAUUGUCAGUGAAAGUGAAGUUUUUUGCAUUUUUACACACAAACGGCACUUUCAGUAAUGAUAUCAUUUUUGUGAUAUGUUUUACUGUUUUAAAACACUAAUAUUUGUGUUCAGCAAAGUCUCCCGAGUAUUAUAGUACCCCCCAUGUACAGGUUUUAUAGUGUUUUUGAAAGUUACAUGGUCAAAUAUAAGGCUCAAUUUCAAUUUGCUAGUUUGGGUAUGUUGCCUUUGUGAGCGUAUGGUAGCCCAGGAAUGAGAAUUACCCCAAUGAUGGCAUACCAUUUGCAAAAAAAGACAACCCAAGAUAUUGCAAAUGGGGUGUGUUAAGUCUUUUUUAGGAGCCACUUAGUCACAAACACUGGCCAAAUUUAGCAUUCAUAAUAGUUUUUUGCAUUUUUAACACACAAACAAAUAUAAAUGCUACAUUUGGCCAGUGUUUGUGACUAAGUGGCUGCUAAAAAAGACUGGACAUACCCCAUAUUGAAUACCCUAGGUUGUCUACUUUAAAAAAAUAAUAUGUACAUGUGAAGUGUGAGUGAGAGAUUUAUGACAGAUAACAGUGUUACAAUGUCACUAUUGAUACAUUUUAAAAAUAUAUAUUUUGGAACAGUUUUGGGGGUCAAAGUCAGAAAAAGUGUGUUUUUUUAAAUUUUUUCUUCAUAUUUUAUAUUUUUUUAUAGUAAAUUAUAUGAUAUGAUGAAAAUAAUGGUAUCUUAGAAAGACCAUUUAAUGGCGAGAAAAGCUGUAUACAAUAUGUGUGGGUACAGUAAAUGAGUAAGAGGAAAAUUACAGCUAAACACAAACACAGCAGAAAUAUAAAAACAGCCCUGGUCCUUAACGGUAAGAAAAUUGAAAAACGGUCUGGUCACCAAAGGGUUAAAGCUCAUACAUAUUGAGCUGAAAUGUUGCUGUACCUGUCAUUGACAUAAACAUCUGUUAUUUUGGAUACCACCCUGUGUGCACAGGCCAUCUUUGCAAAUCAAUUCAUUCUAAUGUGAAACUAGUGGUUAUAGCUACUGCAAACCACUCCUGUUUAACACCAACUUGGAAUCACCAAUUUACAGUUUGACAUGCGAGUGGUUUUUUUUUAUAAGUGUUUAUAGAAAGAAAAUCAUUUUCCAGGCCAAUCUGUGCUGUCUACAGUGUAGUGUUUUUCAAAGUCAAAUGCAAUAAACUAGUAAAUCCAUCAAGCACCAAACCUAUUGUUUCUGUAAAUAGUUGUGUUAGUUUACAUAGUAUACAAUCAGUCAUAUCCUAGAUUUCUUGCAAUAUAAAAAUAAACCCACCAUUCUCAAUGUUAUGUCUUAACUAAGCAGAAUUUUUUUUAAUUAUUUAAAAAUGUACUGGUAGUGCUGGUGGUGGUGGAGAUGUUUUUGAAUGCCUUUCAUUGGUUUUGCCAUGUCUAAUUGAGUCUUGUUGUAUGGCUAUCCUUGCUACCUCCACAGAUGCAGUAGGCAGAGCACUGUUGUUGUUUUUUUAACACACUGUAAUUUUUGUAUCAAUCUCUUGUCAUAGAUAGAUUUUUUAAUUUGCUGUGUGCAUCAGUGCCACAGCUUGUGCUUUGCAAAUUGCAAUACAAUGUGUAGCUGCAGUUUACUGCACAAGUGGACCUUGCCUGCACUGAGUGUGGCAGUAGAUGUAUUGCAGGUAGAGUACAGCAUCAUUGAAGAUGACGAAUAAGUUUGCAAAGUAAUUUUUCUUUCUUUAAUUUAUGUGCUGUGCUACUGUCAAAGCACUCUGCAGUGCACUGUGUGCAAUGUAGUCAAACACUGCUGUUCCAGCUUUUUUCAAAUGCCUUUUAUUCUAGGGCUAUUGACCUGCCUGAAUAAUUACAGAAGUGCCUGCUACCACCGCAGACACAGUUGGGAGGAGCUGGUGGGGAACUGUGUAUUUCCACACGGAAGGAUGGUCACUGAUGCUACAGACAGGAAGUGUGUGUUCUUCUCUUGGUGGAAUGGGUCAUCAACUGCCAACACACUUUUUAAUUUCAUUGUUAAGCACACCAUAGUACUAUUAGCAGCUUAUGGCAUCAGUGUUUUUGAGGUAGAGUGCGAAAAGCAGAAUCCAUCUUGUUUGAGUUGUUUGUGAUGAGUGACUAUUUGGUUCAAGUAAAGUACAACUCAAAAAACACAAUUAGAGAUCUGAAGAAGCCAGCUGCAACCCAAACAGGUACUUGAUAUUGUAUUAAAGAAAUUGAACAUCAUCUUCAAAGAUCAUGUAACAUUCAGACAUCAUGAAAUUGAUGGGCUGAACCUGAAGUUGUAUUAUCAUUGGUUUCUUCUUUUCUGUGAGAACUAUACCACAUCAUGUCCAUAAUUAAGACUUCCUUUGAAAAAAGUAUGGAACUGCACUCACUCCCAUGAGUCAGAGCCAAGGUGCUCUCUGUGAUCGGAACCAAACACCAGAUUUUACCAAGGAGUGCCUGGACCCCUUUUAUUUUAUUUCAUAAUUAAGACUUCAGCAUGUUUUAUUUGUGAAAACACAUUUUCUACAGAAAUACUAUUUUUAAUAAAUGCAUUGGAAGUGCUACGUUUCUAACACCAGUUGUUAAUUUUGUUAGUAAGAUGUGUUAAUUUUAUGCUUUAAUAACAGAAUGUAAAUGAUCCUUGUAGUGUUUUUGCCCUGCUUGUCUGACUAUUGUUGUGUAACUAUGCCUACGACCUCCACACAGGUGUAAGCUGAUACAUAACUCUCUUUUUAAAAAUGGAAGGAUAAUCAGCCAUGCCUCAGACUGGAUGUGUGGGAAAGCUUUGUUCUUGUCAGUGUGGAAGGGGUGAUUGGGUGGUAAUUUAUUUGCCCACUUUUUUCUAUCAUUUUGUUUAACUUAAUAUGACUCGUGCUCCCUAUUUUUUUAUUAACAUGAGAUAACAAUCAGUUUUUAUCAGGGUGAUCAGAUUCACCAUGUUUACAGGGACACAUAUAAUAAUGUCAUAUUUAUGAAAAUGCAUGAUGACAAUGUAUAAUGCAUAUUCUACAGCAUUCUUCGUUGCCUAUUUGCUUAAUCUUAUACAUCUUCUUCUGAAUUCUACAUCCUAAAGGGUUACCCUUUUCAUGUGCUGCCCAUCAAUAUUGUAUGUGUGAUAUGUGUCCCAGAACACAUUGUGGAUCUGGUCACCCUGGUAAUUAUAACAUAUAUUAAAAUGAGCUAGUGCAAUUCAGAAUAUGCAGUGCGAAAUGAUCUAGCCAUUAAGCUGGGCAUUUAUGGAAUAUUACAGCCAUUUGUGCAUAGCACCACACCAAUUUUCUUCACGCAGACUUGAGUGCAAGGGUACAAAGGCUUUUAUAUAACAAUAAUGAAAGGGAGUCAAGGUAAAUGCCACUUUAUGGAUUUCUAUAAUCAAUUUUAUUUUUCAGACCUCAAAAAAAUGCAUAUUGGUUAAAAAUAGGGACCAGUAAAGACAAUAUUAAGUGAAUAUGACGUGACAGUCCUUCCCAUAUAACAAUGCCUUUGGAGCUUUUGAAUGCAGAUAAUUCAAUAAUCUAUUUAUAUAUUUUUAAAAUUAACAAACUUUUCUCAAUGUUCUCUGGAACAAAGUAGUAAAAGUUAAUGUCUACAAUAAUAGAUGUUUAGAACUGGACCUCCUAUAUGGACAUCAAAUUGAUAAACAGUUGUAAAAACCAGGUGCUUUGUUCAGAAACAAAUCCCAUUUAAAUCCUGUGUUAAUGAAGCAGAUUGUACAACAAAUGUUAAUGCCAGUCACUGACACUUCAGAUGUAGUUUAUGCAUCUGUUGUCAAUUCUGAUUUAUGUAAACUCAACAUAGUAUGCAAGUCAUUAUUCUAUAUUAUCCUGCUAUGUGACUAAGAUUUCAAUAAGUAUACUGGCCAGUAAUGAAAUCCACGUGCACCUGUAACCUUUAGUUUUUUUAAUUGCGAAGAGGGGUAGGUUUCUUUAUUAAUAUCACGAUAUUGUAAAAAAUAUUUUUUAAAAAUAGGCAAAUCUCUUUAUGUAUUUUUAACCCCUUAAGGACGGAGCCAAAUGUACACGUUGUGAACGAAACAAAAUGUAAACAAAACCUGGCAUUUGCACUACAUGUCUGUCCAACCGCAAUUCACCUCUUUCAUAUUAAAUGCAUAUUUAGCUAUGAAACAUAAUUUAAUAUGAAAAAAAUGGGAGAAAAUAAGAUUUUUUUUUUAUUUUUUUAGUUCUACAUGACAUUUUAACUGUCAAUUUCUUAAUACUGUUUGCUUUUACUGCAAUAAAAUACACAUAUUUGUAUUCAGCAAAGUCUCACAUGUAAAACAGUACCCCCUAUGUACAGGUUUUAUGGCGUUUUGGGAAGUUACAGGGUCAAAUAUAGCACGCUACAUUUGAAAUUGAAAUUCGCCAGAUUGGUUACGUUGCCUUUGAGACUGUAUAGUAGCCCGGGAAUGAAAUUUACACCCAUAAUGGCAUACCAUUUGCAAUAGUAGACAACCCAAGGUAUUGCAAAUGGGUAUGUCCAGUCUUUUUUAGUAGCCAUUUGGUCACAAACACUGGCCAAAGUUAGCGUUAGUAUUUGUUUGUGUGUGAAAAAUGCAAAAAACGCCAAUUUUGACCAGUGUUUGUGACUAAGUGGCUACUAAAAAAGACUGGACAUACCCCGUUUGCAAUACCUUGGGUUGUCUACUAUUGCAAAUGGUAUGCCAUCAUAGGGGUAAUUUUCAUUCUUGGGCUACCAUAGGGUCUCAAAGGCACCGUAACCAAUCUGGCGAAUUUUAAUGUGAAAAAAAUGAAAGUAAGCCUUAUAUUUGACGCUGUAACUUUUGAAAACACCAUAAAACCUGUACAUGAGGGGUACUGUUGAGACUUCGCUGAACACAAAUAUUUGUGUUUCAAAACAGUAAAAAGUAUCACAGCAAUAAUAUCGUCCGUGUAAGUGCUGUUUGUGCAUGAAAAAGGCAAAAAAAGUCACUUUUACUGGCGAUAUCAUCGUUGCAAUACACUUUACUGUUUUUAAACACUAAUAUUUGUGUUCAGCGAAGUCUCCCGAGUAGAACAGUACCUCCCCUGUACAGGUCUUAUGGUGUCUUGGAAAGUUAUAGGGUUAAAUAUAGUGCUAGCAAAUAAAAUUCCCUUUACUUUCGGCAUGGGUUGUCAGGCAGGUCCCGCUAAUUGUAAUUAAUAUAUAUGUAGAAUUAAUAAAUGCAUAUAUAUACGUAUGUGAAUCUAUAUGUGUAUAUAUAUAUAAUUUUUACAAUAUUUUUAUUUAUAUAUAGGUAUAUAUACGUAUAUAUUUAUGUAUGUAGAUAUAUAUAUUAUUUCGUUCUACAUGUAUUUUGAUAUAAAUAUAUAUAUAUAUAUAUUAAUAUCACAAUACAGUUAGAACGAAAUAACACACAUCUAUAUAUUUUUUAAAUUAUUUUUUUUAAUUAUUUUUUUAAAUUAUUUUUUUAUUUUAUUUUUUUAUGAAUUUACAUAUUACAUUUUUUUAUAUUAUAUAUAAAUAUAUAUAUAUAACAAUAAUUAUAUAUAUAUUUAAUCAGUAUCAGUCUACGUGUAAUUUGAUAUUAAUAUAUAUAUAUAUAUAAUUAUAUAUAUAUUAAUAGUAAAAUACACCUAGACAGUGUAUGUGUGUGUAUGUAUAUGUAUAUGUGUAUAUAUAUACUUAGAUCAUAUAUACAUAUAAUGAUCUAAGUAUAAAUUUUUUUUUUUUACACUUUUUAAUUUCUUUUAAUUUUAUUUUCAGCCAGCAGGGGCAGCCUACCCGGCAGGCAGCCCCCCUGCUGGCAAUGCAGGAGGCAGCCUACCCGGCCAUGUGAUUGUGGGGUCCUCGCAAGGACCUCACUCUCACAUGACCGGGGGGCACCGGAGGAGGAGGAUCUGUCGCGGGGGGGGCUCCCUGGGAGUCCCCCCCACCGCGAUCGCCGGCGUGGGACCGCCGGCGACCGGGUAAGUAAGAAAAGACCGGAGGGCGUACAAUUACGCCCAGCGGCGUUUAGAGCCGCCUAAAAUAGGGCGUAAUUGUACGCCCUCUGGUCUUAAGGGGUUAAAUGGUAGAAGACCUGCGGUUGUUGUUGUUGUUUUUUUUUUAUGUAUAAUACUGCUUCGGAACUGAGAAAAGUAUUUUUUUUUUUACCAAAUUCUUUAUUGUAAUAGGGAACAAUGAAUAAAAUGUUGUAGGUAGAACAGAGGCAGUAAGUAUGGGGCUGGAGUAAGCAUGCUGUUUGGAUAUUGUGGGGUCAGGUCCUGAUCCUCCACAACAUUAAAACCACUGAAAGAUGUAGUGAAUAACAUUGGUUGUAUCAUUACAGUGGCAUCUGUCAAUAGGUGAGAUAUUUUAGAGAGCAAGUGAUCUGUUAGUUCUUGAAUUUCAUGUGUUGGAAGUAGGAAAAUUGGGUAAGCAAAACUAUCUGAGUGAUUUUGACAACGGUGAAAUAGUGAUAGCUAUACUACUCAGAGGUAUGCAGUCAUUAGUACCUAUCAAAAGUAGUGCAAGGAAGGACAACCAGUGAACCAACAUCAGAGUCAUUGGUGCCCAUGUGGAGAGCAAAGGCUAGCCUGCCUGGUCCGAUGACACAGAAGAGCUACUGUAGCUGAAAAACAAGCAUAAUAACUGGACUAUGGAGCAAUGAAGAAGGUUUUUUUUUUAGAUCAGGUGGAUGGAUGGGUGUGUGUUUUUAUUUACAUGGGGAAGAGAUGGCAGCAGGAUGCACUAUAGGAUACAAGGCAGGCUGGUAGAGAAAGUGUUAUACUCUGGGCAAUGUUCUGCUGGGAACCCUUGAAUCCUGGCAUUAAUGUGAAUGCUACUUUGAUACCUACCUAGAGAUUGUUGCAGACAAUGUACACCCCUUCAUGGCAAUGAUGUUAUGGCAGUGGCCUCUUUCAGCAGCAUAAUGCACCCUGUCACACUGCAAAUAAAUUCAGAAUGGGUUUGAGGAACAUGGGAUUUGCUGGGACAAUAAAUCCAGUCCAUGGACGCCUCACCUUGCAACAUGCGGGACUCACAGGAUAUGGUGUCUUGUGUCGUAUUCAACAGAGGUCUUGUAGAGCCCAUGCCUCACUGCAUCAGAGCUGUUUUAGCAGCACAAGUGGAACCUACACAAUGUUAGUCAGUUUAUUUAUUGUUGUGGCUGAUCAGUGUAUGUUUGCAAUAUAUAACACUGUUGAGUGUUUUAAUCACAUUGAAGGACACAGUUGCAUAGUGAAUUAUACAGAGUGAUGAGCUGAAAUUGAUCUGCAGUAUAGAUGCAUGUACUAUAUUCCUAUAAUCAAUAACUGCAUUUGUUAUGUAAUUUUUUAUUUUGUUUUGAUCGUGGGAUUUAGACAUUUUUGUCUCGAAACAGAAUAUAAAGCUUGAAUCACACUUUAUCAAUAUGAAUUCUAAAUGAGUGGUCUGGGUCUAGAAACAUAACAGCAUUUUUAUAGAAAUUAAACUGGGCUAAGGUAUAAUUCAGUUUUGCGUUGAUGUUUAACUGGGGGUGUUUUAAUUAAUGUGAACUUUGUUUCAAACACAGUUGAGAUACUAUUGAAAUUAUUUUGAAACAUUUUGUUUCUUAAAAACAAUCUCUCAAGCUGAGAAGUCUAACUUUAAUAUAGUCUCAGUUGUAAUGUGGUUUGGUUUUUCAACGUAGAUUAUGGUAUCUUCUGCAUUCAUGUACACAAACUUGCCGAUUCAGAGGUGCUCUGUUUUAGUCGUCUAGCAUUCACUAUUUGGCCCUUGUCAAAGUCACUCGGAUCUUUUUGCUAGCCUAUUUUUCCUGUUUCCAACACAUACAAUUCAAGGACUGACUGUUCACUUGCUGCCUAAUAUAUCCCACCCCUUCACAUAUGCCAUUGUAGCGACAAAAUCAAUGUUAUUCACUUCACCUGUCAAUGAUUUCAAUGUUUUUGUUGAUUAGUGUACGAUUUAACUGCGUUGUGUAUUGUGUGAUAGUAAUUAUUUUAUCUGUUUUGUGUGUUUAACUCAAUAUCGCUUUUCAGUAUAUAUUGUAUAAACAAUAGUAAAGCAAAAGUACAGCUAAGCUAGCACAGUAGACAAAAGGAUCCCACAAGGUCAGGCAAGGCUCACGGUUUGUGAGUUAUCUUACCAUUACAAAUUCUUAGAGAUGAUCUGUGCUUAUACUCCGUAUAAACAGGGAUUUAGGUUUCUAAAAAAUCUGAUACAGUUUGAAGAACAUGACUCAAAUAAUAUAUAUAAAUAUAUAUUUUUUAAUUAUUGGAGCAAAUCAUUGAUUGCACUAUUUUAAUAAGGUGUCAUUGCAUAUGAAUGAAAAAAUAAUAAACAAUGUUAUACUACAUGCGUUUAAACAUAGCACUGUAGUAUCGUUAAGAAUUCAAUUUAAUUUUAUCUUAUUUAGAAAAAAUAUGCUUAAACUCUUUGUUGGAUUGAUUCCAUGUCAUAAGCUGAGUCCUUUGACCCUGUCGGUCAACGUAAAAAGAUCAGGAAAACAAAAAGAGAAACAAUGUCUCCUGUAAUGCAGUCUGCAUUAAAAUGAAAAUAAUGACAGUUGUAUUCAGAACUUGCUUUACAGACUAAAGUAAUUUGUAAGUAUUUUACUAAUAGAGUAAGUACCUAGAUCAGAUCUGCACAAGUUGGCAGUAUGUAGUGGCCAAAAUUAAAUAGGACUAACUUCUUCGAGUCGCAGAUAGGUUUUUAGUACCUCACUUUAUAAGUAAAGGUAUAAAAUUACAUAUAAAAAUAUAAAUAUACACACAUACUGACAGACAUACAGAUACACACACAUACACGGAUACAUACAAAUACACACACACAUUGACAGACAUACAGAUACACACACAGUGACACAUAGAUACACACUAACAUACAGAUACACAGACACUGACAGACAUACAGAUAUACACAAAGUUACAAAACAAAAAUGAUAAAACGUGUAAAUAUCACCAAAAAGUGAAUAAUAAAACAGAACAACCUGUAUAUGAAUGCUGAAAUACAAUUGGUAGAUGUAUCUGGGGAAAAAAGAAAUAUAUAGUGCAGUAUAAUCAGCACAGCAGUGGGGAGAGGGGAUGGUGGAAAACUCACUAGAUGGAUGCAAAAUCAGGCUUAUUUUCCUCUUAAAUAGGGUGGAACAGUAUAGUGAUGAACAAUCUCCAGAUGGAUAUCUUCAGAAAGGGUAUCUUCUAAUAUCACUCAGAAUUAAGAGAAUAGAGAGAAAAGAUAGUGCAGAUUGUAUAAAAGUAAUACAUUUACUGAAUACAAAUGCACAUACAAGAUGUCCAAUGACAAUCAGCAUAUCUCCACAUAAAAGUGGUAUCCAGGACUCCAGCAAGUACCAGGAAAAAACUCCCAGAAUGGAAGAUGCAAUAAAACAAACAGUAAUAAAACCGAGAUAAAACAAAAUAACAAGUCCUACGAGUUUCGUCCUAUCAGGCCUUCCUCAGGGAUGUAUAAUGUUGAUCCGCCGGGUUCUUCUUAAAUAUGCUUUUGAUUGCGCUGAAAUCUCUCCAGCUGGUGGUCACGAUGGCGUGCGCUCUACUGUGGAGCACUUGAUGAACUUCAGGGGCAAACAGCGUCACUUCCGGUAGGCGGAGAUGUGCAGAUGACGUUCUCAUUGUGACAGGCAUUAUUUGAAGUGUAGUGUUAUUGUCCACAGUGGGCUGAAAGGAGAACCCUUAUUGGAUCCAACAUAUAUAUUAAGAAUUGAAAUGUAAUAAGAAAUAAUUGAAAAUAAGGCAAAACAUAGCAGAGAUAUAUCUAACUUGUUAAGAAUAUAUGUAUAAAAUAUAAAAAAUAAUAAAAAAUACAUAAUAAAAAGUGAAUGAAAAAAUAUGUAUAGAAUGUAUAAUUAGAGAAAUGAAAAAAAAAGAAUAAUACAAAAUUGUAAAAAAAUAUAUAUAUAUAAGAUAUAAAUUGCUAUGCUGAGACUUUUACAAAGGCAUGCUUUCCAAUGUGGAACGCAAAAACAAACUUCCAGGUGUUCGGUUACACUUGUAAUUAGCAGCAAUGUUGAAAUAUGUGCAGAAGUCGAUCAUAUAAUGAUCAUAUAAUGAACAAAUUAUUGUAGCUAGGUAGAUCAAGAAGAAAAACCUUGGUAUAGACACCAUGAGCACUACAGAUAUAAAUGUAAUAAAAUAAGGCAAAACAUAGCUGGAUAAUAUCUAAAACCAAAAACAAAAAUGCAAAAAAGAAUAUAUAAAUAGUAUAUAUACAAGAGAGAUCAAGGAGAUUAUAGAACAGGAACCCCAAAAAAUUGGCUGAAAAAGAACCAUCAUAAUGACCAUAGCGAACGUUCCACCAAUCCCUCUUUUUAGAGGCCGUAAAACCCAAUUAUCAGAAGAAUGUUUCUAGAAAUCAUGAUAGAAACCAUUUUUCCUCUAGUAAGACCACAGUCAGAGAUUCACCUAGUUUUUGCAAAGCUAAUACUCAUACCCCUCUAUGCUCUCACCAAAGUCAAGAUAAUAUUUUUUUAGACAGGGGGCAAGACCAAAGAGGACAUCGUCAACACUACUCUAUUCCUACCCAAAACAGGUUCUCUUUCAUUAUUAUCCAAAUGAUUAAAAUUUGCACCAACAAAAAAUCCCAAUACUUUUAUGUUAUGUUUGCAUAAUCAAAAGUUCUUUAAAAAAACUAACAAGAAAAAGAUUUUUUGAAAGAACAAAAAGUGAGCAAAUAACCCUGAUUGACUCAAACUGCACUGACCCUAUUCCAGAAAAAGUACAAUCAGAGAAUGAUAGCUCUUUAAUUCCUAAACUCAAAUCUUAAAUUAAAAUCUAAUUUCUAUUCUUGGUCAGACUGCAAUAAAUAUCUGGAGUUCUUUAAUAAGCUGAGGAUUUUGGUAAACUUAUACAUCAAAAUACAGAGAAAAAUAAAAAAGUCAAUUUUUAAUUUAACUAAAACAGAAAAUAAAGCCCUCCAGACAGUCCCUAUAAACUAAUUACAAUCUAGUUAUUAAAGAAGCAGACAAGGGUGAGAGUACAGUAAUAAUGUCAAAAGCUUACGAUAUGCAAGAAGCUAAUAGGAUCUUAGGUGAUAGUCAGAUAUAUAAACUUUGAAAUAAUAAACCCCACCGAAAUUGAUAUUAAAGAUCUUGACAUAUUGUUGAAAAGAGGCUUGCAUAAUAAAAUUUUUUCCAAAGACGAAUUUAAUUUUUUGCUCAAUAUCCAUUGUAAGACUGCUUGUUUCUACUUUUUACCAAAAAUCCACAAAAGUUUAUCUACUGCUCCCGACCCUCCGAUCAUAAGUGGAAUUGGUUCCCUGUCAUGUAAUCUGUCAGAAUAUGUUGACUUUUUUCUACAACCAUAUGUACCCACCAUGCCCACUUAUAUUAAAGAUACAAAACAUCUAUUAAACGAUUUACAACAAGUAGAAUGGAAGUCAACAUACAUCUUAGCUUCAUUAUAUACCAAUAUUCCUCACCAAAAAGGUCUAUCAGCCAUCAGGGACAUCUUAACCCAAGAUGAAAAUUUGAAUCUUAAACAAAUGAAUUUUCUUAUUGACUGUAUCCAUUUUGUAGUAACAAAAAAAAAUAUUUUGUUUCACAAUAGGUAUUUUUUGCAGCUAUGUGGUGUCGCCAUAGGGACGAGGUUCGCCCCUAGCUUCGCCAACCUGUAUGUAUCCCAUUGGGUAUCACGCUAUGUCAAGUUGGUCCAGACGCUGGGGGUUGGGGGGAAACCUUGUCCUGUGGCUAAGCUACAUAGAUGAUGUUCUCCUUAUUUGGGAAGGUGACCAAAUUAGUUUAAAUAAUUUUAUCCAAUAUAUAAAUCAGAAUGAAUAUAAUUUACAAUUGACAUCCUUUUGCCAUUUAGAGAGGAUUGAUUUUCCUGAUAUAACGAUUUAUAUGGGAGGAUAACCUUUUAAAACCCAAGACUUUAUUAUUAUCUAUUUAUUAUUAAUACUUAUUUAUUAUUAGAAGAUACACUUUCUGAAGAUAUCCAUCUGGAGAUUGUUUAUCACUAUUCUGUUCCACCCUAUUUAAGAGGGAGAUACGCCUGAUUUUGCACCCAUCUAAUGAGUUUUCCAUCAUCCCCUCCCCCCACCACUGUGCUGAUAAUACUGCACUAUAUUUUUCUUUUUUCCACAGAUACAUCUACCAAUUGUAUUUCAGCAUUCAUAUACAGGUUGUUCUGUUUUAGUAUUCACUUUUUGGUGAUAUUUACACGUUUUGUUUUGUAACUUUUUAGUACUUUUAAGUGUUUCAAGGGAAAACUUUUUUCCAGAAAGGAUAUAUUCGUGUUCUCAGAGCAUAUAGUGAUUUACUUUUUUGUUUGUAUACAGAUAUACACACACUGACAGACAUACGGAUACACACACACUGACAGACAUACAAAUGCACACACAGACAUACAGACACACACACAAACAUUCACUCACACACACAAACAGACAUACAGAUACACAUACAUAGAUACAUACAGAUACAUACAGAUACACACACAGAUAACAGACAUACAGAUACACAGACAAACAUACAGAUGUACAUACAAACACAUAUUGACAGACAUGCAGAUACAUCACACUGACAGACAUACAGAUUAGAUAUGCAGGUUAAAAUAUAUUUUUUUGGGUGCUGAAGGGUGGCUUCCCUGUUGUCUGGCAGUCUGUAGGCUGAGGCUGUUGGGAAAUAGGUGCUGUCUCUUGCAGUCUGCACCCCCUCCAGCACUGUCCUCUGUCCAUCUGACUUUCCUGGCCCAGCCCCACUCCUCUCUUCCUCCCCUCCCUUCCCUUGCAGCUCCAGUCUCUCUGGGAGGAAGUGAGCAGCUGUCACCUACUCCUGGGCUCAGUAGCGGAUCCAGAGCCUGAUCUCGGGAGGGGCACUUGUAGAUUAUUUAAAGAAAUAAUCCAGGCACAAUAACCACUACAGCUCAGUGUAGUAGUUAUGGUGCCAGUAGUGCCAGGAUCCCAUCCCAGAGUAAGUAGUCAAACCGUUUAAGAACAGUUUGACAACUUACCUGGGGUCUGCUGGGAAAUAAGGCAUUGGAGCAGUGGUAUGUGUUAUAUGUAGUCUGAGACAGAGAAAAAAAGUGGAUGUGGUGAAUGUAGCAGAAAGUGGAACUGCAGCACAAGAGCAUUUGCACAAUGCGCAAAGACAACUUUAUAUCAACUCAUUUGUAGUCAGACAGUUCACACAAAUUUUGUUCAGCUUCUUUAAUCUAGCCCUGGAUAGGAUAUGUGAAAGUAUAUAUCCUUCAUCUUCAAAAUAAUCUUGAGGGCUUCACUGCACACAUUUGGAGAUAAUUAAAAAUGUGAAUCUUGACCAAUAGCUGUUCACUCAUAUGCAGCAUUUAGUUUGCUAUUAGUAAUAAUAAUGUCAUUACUAUGGAUAACACUCAAAAAAUUAGAAGAUGUUGAAUGUUUAUUUGUUACACACAAAGAUGGUCUGAUUGUACACUUCCCUAUUGUCCAUCUUCUCUAUUAUUAAUUCAUGAACCUAACUCAACGUAUAAUUCUUACAUUUUGAAUGGCUACCUCACCUCUGCAUAGGAGACUCAGCUUACACCACAGCAAACAUUCACUUUGUUGAAUUGAAUUGAAUCAAGAAACUCUGCUUUACUGUAGAUAUUUCAUUUCCAAAGCUAGGUGGGAGAUGUAUGGAGGAUGGGCUUAUGAACAGUGAAUUAUUACAGCACUUUUACCUGUAUAUUGAGGGUGUGUUAUUUAUAUUUUAAAUUUACACUAACACAUAUUAAAAGACUUGCAGGGUUAUUCACUGAAGUGAGAAUUCCAAUGUGUCAUUCAAAUGUGGGCCAAUCAGGUGAUCAGUCAAAUUCCCAAACUCUUAGCCAAAAUGUACCUAAAUCACAAAGCAAAUGAACUGUGCAAUGCUGAAAAUGUCUUAUUUUGGAAUUCUGAAUUCCACCCAGGGCGCAAAAUAAAAAGAGAGAGUUGAUGGGAAAAAGGGUUGAUGAUUUGAGGACAGUCAGUAAAUGUUGAUUUUAUUCACAGACCAAGUGAGCAGUGACCUACAGAUGGAAAAAAAUUGGUAGUAGUAAAACAAUCUAUAACUUAUAUAUUAUAUAUUUAAUAAAUGUAUAAUCUGUAAACAUAUAAAUACAGAAUUUUUUUUAGUGCACCUCCUGUUUUUCCUCUACUGGUUACUUUAUCCCAUUUGAACCAAUAUGAUAAAUAUGUCAUCAGGAUUUUUGCUUUUCGUGAUUGUGGAAAAUCAGCUAUUUGGGUUAUUGGAAGUCCAAAAGAAUCUUUAAUAUAAAAUUUUUACGAAGAUGCUCAAUAUAGGAAAAUCUCAAAGCCACAUUUUCUUAAUGAAAGGUGCUCUGCUCAGAUAUACUAGCAUGGUGGUGGAAAGGUAAUGAAUUUGACCUUUGUAAAGGUACAUUACUUCCUUGUGCCUUAUCUUAUCAAAUUAAUAAAUUGUAAGCUCUCCAAGGAAACUGCUAUGUGAUAUCCUUUCUACGGUUCUAAGUGAAUUGUUACAACUUUAAAAAAACACAAAUAAUCAUUCAUUACGUGGGCAUGUGAUUAGUUUUCUGUGAAAAUUCUGCAGAUUGUAAACACAACAGGAGACAUGUCAUGAGGAUUGCAAAUAAUCCACUUAUGUGGAACUGCAGUGUAAGCCAUGUGUGUCAACCCCUAAUGUAAUUUCAUGAACCUACAAUGAAAUAUCACUUUGUUUUUGAUAACGCCAUCGUCUUAUCAUAGCUUGCAUAUUACUUUUCAGCAUAUACUGUGAGGUAUGUACAAUUAAAUGACAGGGCAAAUAAAGGUAUGCUUUAAAGAACAAAAAGAAAAAUAUAUAUAAAGCAGGACCUGCUUCAGCUGGGCAGUAAUCAAACAAGUUGCAUUAUAUCUUGAACAGAAAGGGAAAAAAAUAAUAGAGAAAUUAUAUAUUGUACAGUUUUAAAUUAGCUGUCAAUAUUAAAAAGUAGGACUUAAUGUAAUUAGAAAACAGUAAUGAGAGUGUGAAAAGUUAAAAGAAAAUAGCAUUAUUUAAUCUGAUUUUAAUAUGAUGUUCAAAGUAGUAUCUUAUCUCAAUGAUUUCCAUACCCUAAUUAUGUCUGUUAACAAAGCUAUUUUAGGCACAUAAUUAAAACUUUUCUUCCUUCUGUUAUAUUGUGUAUUUAAGUUUCCAUUGAAUUUCAUACAGCAAUAUAAAGUGAUAUGAAAUUUACGAGAUUGUUACCAGCUCAUUAUUGAUUCUACACUCUAAACAAUACAAUCACAAUAUUGUCUUAAUAUAAUAAAUCAAGUAUAUUUAUUAUAUAAUAAGUGAACAUCAUUUAUUAUGAGGCUCAAUUAAUAGUCAAUUCAUUCAGUAACUAGAAGGAACAGAUGUUCUUAAAACUAACCAGAAUAAACAGUAUAUUUUUUUCUACUUCAAAUACAUCUAUCUUAUUUUUUCAUCUAAAGACAUUCUAUUGAAACAAAACACUAUAUGUAUACAAAAAUAUGUAUUAUAAACCUAAGUAAUAUUUAUAAUAUAUUUUGUUGUAUCCAUAAAAUGCAUAAAAGUUGUCUUGUACUUUCUAUUCACAGACUUCUUAAUGAGCUGUAUUACAAGUGGUUUGUACCAGCUGUCUAUAAUUAUAGUUAUAGGAACACUAUAGUGUAAGGAAUACAAAACUGUCGGCUGCCCUCAUACCUGGCAUGUAAAGAGUUAAAAACCUUUUUAACACUUAACCUGAAUUUCAGCACUGAGAUCCCUCGGUUUUCUCCUCAAGUGUUGUCAUGAUGAUGGAGGAACCUAAUGUCAGCACCACAUUUGUAUUACUGCUUCCUCAUAGGAAAGCACUGAGUCAUUAAAUGCACCAGGAAUCACCUCUAUUGGCUGCCUAGGAGACAGCCACUAGAGUGUGUCUCAACCAUGCAAUGUAAAAAAAAUGUAUAUUGCAGGGUUAAGAGAACAAGUGCACUGCAACCAGACCAUUUUAAUGAGAUAAAGUGGUCUAGGUGCCUACAAUGUCCAUUUAACAGGUGCUAGGUAUACUAACAUACCCACCUAUUAAAACUGAUAUCCCUGAAUAUUAUAUUUUUGCAAGUAUUCAGUUGCUAUUAAAACAUCUCUAAAGACUCUGAUAAAAACACCACUUCAGACAGAGAAUUCAACAUCAUUAUUGUUAACCCCUUAAGGACAGAGCCAAAUGUACACGUUGUGAUCAAAACGAAACGUAAACAAAAACUUGAAUUUGUGCUAUAUGUCUGUUCAGGCGUAAUUCGCCUCUUUCAAAUUAAGUUAAGUGCACCCACACUUAUUAUAUAUCAUUUUAUUCAGGGGAAACAGGGCUUUCAUUUAACAUCAAAUAUUUAAGUAUAAAACGUAAUUUAAUAUGAAUAAAAUAUUUUUUAAAAAUGGGAGAAAAUAAGAUUUUUUUUAUAAUUUUUUUUUAUUUCUAUGUGACAUUCUAACUGUAAAUGUCAUAAUACUGUUUGCUUUUACAGCAAUAAAAUACACAUAAUUGUAUUGAGCAAUGUCUCACAUGUAAAACAGUACCCCCUAUGUACAGGUUUUAUGGUGUUUUGGGAAGUUACAGGGUCAAAUAUAGCAUUUUACAUUCUUCUGUUUUUUCACAUUGAAAUUCACUAGCUUGGUUACAGUGCCUUUGAGACCGUAUGGUAGCCCAGGAAUAAGAAUUACCCCCACAAUGGCAUACCAAUUGCAAAAGUAGACAACCCAAGGUAUUGCAAAUGGGAUAUGUACAGUCUUUUUUAGUAGCCACUUGUAUGUGUGUGAAAAAUGCAAAAAACAGAGUUGAACGAUAAUUCUGGCCAGUGUUUGUGACUAAGUGGCUGCUAAAAAGACUGGACAUACCCCAUUUGCAAUACCUUGGGUUGUCUGCUAUUGCAAAUGGUAUGCCAUCAUGGGGGUAAUUUUCAUUCCUGGGCUACCGUACGGUCUCAAAGGCAACAUAACCAACCUGGCGAAUUUCAAUGUGAAAAAACUGAAAUGCAAGCCUUAUAUUUGACUCUGUAAUUUUUGAAAACACCAUAACACCUAUACAUGAGUUGUACUGUUAUACUCAGGAUACUUUGCUGAACACAAAUAUUUGUUUUUCAAAACAGUAAAACGUAUCACAACAAUUAUAUUUUCCGUGUAACUGCCAUUUGUGUGUGAAAAAUGCAAAAAAUGUCACUUUCACUGACAAUAUUGUCGUUGUAUUACACUUUACUGUUUUGAAACACUAAUAUUUGUAUUUAGCGAAGUCUUCCGAGUAAAACAGUACCCCCCAUGUACAGGUUUUAUGAUGUCUUGGAAAGUUACAGGGUUAAAUAUAGUGCUAGCAAAUUAAAUUCCCUGGACUUUUGGCCUGGGUUGUCAGGCAGGUCCUGCUAAUUGUAAUUAAUAAAAUGACCUAAUUAUGUAAAAUUAUUACAUAAAUAUAUAUGUAGAAUUAUAUAUAUAUAAAUAUAUAUAUAUAUAUAUAUAUAUAUAUGUAUAUAUAUGUAUAGAAUUUUUUUAUUAUUUUUGUUUACAUAUAGGUAUAUGUAUAUACUUAUGUAUAUUGAUAUAUAUAUUAUUUCAUUGAUAUCAAUAUAUAUGUAUAUAUAAUAAUUUUAAAAUACAGUUAGAAGGAAAUUACACAUUUUUUUUUACAUUUUUUUUAUUUAUUUUUUAAUGUAUUUACAUAUUUAUUUAUUUUAUAUUAUAUAUAAAUAUAUAUAUAUAUAUAUAAUGACAAUUAUAUAAUUUAUAUAUAUAUAUUUAAUCAAUCAUUGUAUGUGUAUUUUGAUAUUAAUAUAUAUUUAUAAUUAUAUAUAUAUAUUAAUAUUAAAAUACACUUAGUCUGUGUAUGCGUAUGUAUGUAUAUGUGUAAAUAUAUACUUAGAUCAUAUAUACAUAUAAUAAAUAUAUAUAUGAUCUAAGUAUAUAUUUUAUUUUAAACUGUUAUUUACUAUUUACUAUUUUCAGACAGCAGACUAUUUUUAUUACAGGCACUGCCUUGGACGGCUAUGCCGUCCAUGUGAUUGUGAGGUCCUCGCAAGGACCUUGCAAUCACAUGGCCCAGGGGGGCCUAAGAGGACAGAGGGGGACUCCCUGGGCAUCCAGGUAAGUCCCCAUAUCACGAUUGCCUGCGUGGGAUCACCGACGACCGGGUACGUAGAAAGGACGGUUAGGGCGUUCUAUGCCACCCUCCGGUGUUUAGAGCCAGUUCCCUAAGCAUGGCAUAGAACGUCCUUAAGGGGUUAAAAACAUAAUUUUUUUUUUACUUUUCUUUGCCUUAGAUUAUAUCUCCUUUCUUCCAGUCUAAAAUAAGGAACUUGUGUCCUAAGUGUGGUCCUGCUUAUGACAGACAAUGGUUUGUAUUUGUAAUUUUAGUCGAUUCAUAACUAAAGCUUUCCAUAACUGUUAUUAAUUUUGCAGCUCUCCUCUGCACUUUUUCAAAUGCCAUAAUAUCCUUUAAAACAGGUGCCCAAAAUUGCACAACAUAUUUAAGGUGUGGUUUUACCACUGAUUUAUAAAGCGACAAACUGACAUUUUCAUCCUGAGAAUUAAUUCCCCCGUUUUAUGCAUGGCAAUAUCUUAUGGGCCUCAGCAACUGCUGACUGAAUUUUUGCGUAGUUUGUUGUUUAUAGUAAUUCCCAAAUCCUUUUCAUGUGUUACCCAUAAUUCAUUACCAUUCACGGUGUACAGUUGGUGCAUUCAUUGCGCAUAACUUUGCAUUUAUCUACAUUAGAUUUAACCUGUCAUUUGAGUGCCCAGCCUUUAGAAAUCCCUCUAUGUUGAUGUAUUAUUCUGCUCACAUUGUAUUACUUUACAGAGUUUUGUGUCAUCUGUAAAUACUAAAACAUGACUUUCAAUUCCUAUUUUAAGAUCAUUUAUAAAUAUGUUGAAUAGAAAAUGACCCAUAACAGAACUCUCAGGGACACAACUUACCACUUUUAGCAUUAAUGGCAAUUCUCUGUACUCUAUCUUUAAGCCAAUGUUCUACCUAAAAACAAGAAUUUUCAUCUAGACCAAUUUUUCUGAUUUUGAAGACUAACCUAAUGUCUGGAACCAUACUAAAUGCCUUGGCAAUCACAUCCACUGCAACACCUUGAUUUAUACUUCUUUAUAGAAUGCAAUUAAGUUAGUUUGACAUAACCUAUAAUUCAAAAAAAUGCUGAUUUUUGUUCUCCCCAAUUAAUUCCUGAAAAUUAUCCCUUAAUAAUUCUUCAAAUACUUUCCCAGCUCACAGGUUUAUAGUCUCCAGGCAUAUAUUUUGAACCAUUUUUUUUCAAUAGUAACCACAUCUUCCUUUCUCCAAUCCUCUGGUACAAUUCCUGAAAGAAAAUAAUCCUGAAAGAUUAAAAGCAGAGGUUUGUUUAUUUCCACAUUUAGCUCCUUAAGAACUAGUGGGUGAAUACUGUCUGUCACGGUAGUAUACCCCAACACGCAAGAAUAGUCCAACGAGAGACAAGAAAACAAUAUACGUCUUACCGGACCUUAGAAUGACCGGACUUUGACGUGGACAGGAAAAGACAGAGUCAAGAACGAGCCGAAAUCAAGGGAACAGAGAGACAGUGUAAACAAGAACUAGCCAAGGUCUGGUACACAGGAGUCAGGAAACCAGCGAACAAGACAAAGCAGGGAUAAAGAGAAAAAACAGAGUCAGGUACAAAGCCAAGGUCAAGCACGAAAAAAACACUACUACACGAAGAAAGCACUAAAGGGAACUGAAUCAUAAACCACGAUAGGGCAGGGAGUUAAGGGAAAGUUGAGUAUAAAUACCUAUUAGUUUAAUUUGAUUGUCCCUUGUCAUAUACAUGCCCCCAAAACGUGAGUGGGCCAAUGGGAGACCUUUUUUAUUUUUUGCUCCCACUGCUAGGCGCGUCACGUGGCCGCUUCUCGCAGUCAGUGCACGCCUGCCCGUUGGACUUUGUUCAGUUGCAGAACCAUGUGCGGCAGGGAAGGAGGACCUUGCCCGGCCCCUGGAGAGGGUAAGUACCGCUACACUGUCAGACCCUAGGGUUUUUUAUUUAUAUGAAUUUUCUUUAGUUGCUGUAGCAACUUGUCUUGAGUCAUCCAAUCACAAUUUCUGUGUAUAUUUUUUUUCCAGCAAUCAUUUGCAUUACUCUUACCAUGGGUCCUGCUUUAAAGCGGCACUGUCAUGCUGAACUUACCUUUCCUCAAUCUCUUCAUAUUCUCCCCCUCUCUCAGGAUCUGUUCUUCUUUUCUUCCUGUCUUCUUUAGUUUUCUUUAAAAUCAUAAGACAAAGUAGGAACUCUUUGCCUUAUGGAGGUUUCCUCCGCUUGACCAGCUUUGACCAGCUGAGGAACAAAGUGUGCUUCAUUACCGCUGGUCAGAGCAAUUUUCCCAUAAUUAUUACCUUUCCUCUGUGAUCUCGAGAUGCUUCCUGUCAUUUUAGACGAAACUGCCGAAUUGCGUUCUAACUCAAUGAGAACAGUAUGUUCGUUUGUUUUAGAACUCAAUUCAGCACUUUGUUCGUAUCGGAAUUUCAUUCGAAUUAAUGAAAAUUCGAUUCAAUUUGUGCCGCGGCUGCAUCUUGCAGCUGCUUAGUAGAUAGCUCCCUAAUUCCCACGGUAUUAGGGAAUUAUCUUCCAAAAGGCUGAAAGACCUUAAUUGGUCUUUCAGCCACAUUUACUAAUACUAAGUAAAGAUUACUUAGUAUUAGUAAAUGAUCUGCCCCUAAUCGCUAUACCGCCAGUGGCUGCUCACUGUAAAAAACAAAACAAAAAAAAACCUAUUGGCCCCCACCCCUGUCCUCCCCUGCCCUCCCAGGUGCGGUGGGUGGGGCCAUAAAUUACAAUGGGGGGACCUACUGUCCUCCCCUCCCGGCCCCCACCCUCGAGCGGUGGGUGGGGGCCAUAAAUUACAAUGGGGGGACCUACUGUCCUCCCCUUUUUCCCCCACCCUUGAGUGGUGGGUGGGGGCCCUAAGACAAAUUCACCCCCCAUCAAAGGUGACUAGGGGUCCCCUAGCCCCUAGUCACCCACCCCCCACCCAAAAAAAAGUAACCCCCUACCUACCCCCCCUCACCCUAAAAAAAAGUGAGGGGGAAUAAAAUAACUAACCUGUAAAGAAAAAUUAAACUUACCAUUUGACAUCUUCUUUUUUCUAAAAUCUUCAUUUUUCAGUUCCAAAAAAGGUCAAAUAAAAAACCAUCAUACCCGUCGAACUUAAAAUAAAAUAAAAAAACGAGCGCAAAAAAAACCUGACAAAAAAGAAAAAAGCAGAGCACAAAACAAAAAAAAAACAUCUUCACCUAUGGAGGGCUCCGCGCAGACUGAGCUCUGCAGGGCGGGGAAAGGCUUAUAAAGCCUUGUCCCGCCCUGCAAUUAGGCUAAGAACACUCUGAUUGGCUAGUUUAAGCCAAUCAGAGUGCUCUUUGUCAUUUUACACAGCGUGGGAAAAUUCCAAAGUAAAAUGACAAAGAGCACUCUGAUUGGCUAGAUUCCAAGCCCACCAAUCAGAGUGUUAUGAGUCAAAUUACACAGCGUGGGGAAAUUCCAAAGAACUUUCCCACGCUAUGUAAAAUGACACAAAGCACUCUGAUUGGAUGGAUUAUCUUUAUGGCCCCCACCCACCGCUCAACGGUGGGGGUGGUGGGAGGAGAGUAGGUCCCCCCAUUGUAAUUUAUGGCCCCCACCCCUGCACAGUGGGACAGUAGGUCCUUCCCCCUCAUUAUCUUUCUGGCCCCCACCCACCGUGCAGGGGUGGGGGCCGGGGGGGAGUACAAUAGGUCCUCCCUUAUUGUUAUUUAGGGCCCCCUCCUGCUGUGCAGGGGUGGCGGCCCGAUAGUAGUUUAUUUUUUUUUUUUACAGUGAGCAUAUAGCGAGUAGGGGUAUAGUGAGUAGGGGCAUUGGGGAGAUUUUAAUCUCCCUUAUGCUAUUAUGGGGGUCUUAGGAAGUGGCGGGGAGCACUGCUCCCUGCCGCUUCUCUCUAUACAUAUUAUAAGGAGGGAGAUGCGUGCCGGUAACUCCCUCCUUGUAAUAAACUGCACGAACAAACGAACACUGAUACUCAGUGUUUGUUUGUUCGUCUGACAUUUCUAUUCCUUUAUUUGUCUUUCUGACGAAUGAAUGAAUAGAUGAAAUUCCUGUUCGCAUGCCCAAGUGUUUCAUUGGGCUUGUGCCGGAAUCUUAGUGCUAUCUAGUGUGGGCAGAAGACGUAUCCCACAGGGACUUCCUCUACCCACACAAAGAUGGUGGCGCCCUGAAUAUAGAUCGGGGCAGAAAAUAAAGAUUAAAAAAUAGGUAAUAUGGGGAUCUUAUGGGCAUUUGGCGGUGACUAGGGGGUCAGUUAGAUGUAGUCGAGUCGGGAUGGGGGUUAAAAAAAACGGGAUUCGUCCAUGACAGUGCCGCUUUAAUAUGUACUGAGGAAAAAUAGUUAUUUAAAAUGACUGCCUUUUCCUGGUCUUCAUUAUAUAACAUACCCAUUUAUGAUUUUAGUGUACCUACACUUUUCUUUUAAAUUUAUGUACUUAAAAAAAUUGAGGGAUAUAAGAUUAUGCAGAGGUGGUUUUAACACCCUCCAGAUGAACAAAAAUCUCCCUGAAAAAUUAUCCACUCUGCUGUAGAUGUUUAGAAAAGAAUGGCACUAUGGGACAUAUAUGGUGGAGUUGCAAUUGAAUAACUGAGUUCUGGGAUAUGGUAUAUACAGUGAUAAAACAGAUGAUAAAUAUAAAAAUAAAUAAACAGCCAGAAAUAGCUAUUCUACACUUUAAUUUGGAGAAAUUAUCAAGGUAUUCUCAGACUUCCUUUAUGGCAGCUAAGAUUCUGAUAGCAAGACAGUGAAAGCAAUAACGGUACCUACUGAAAUACAUUUUAAGAAUCAGCUUCUCUUUCAGCUAAAAAUAAAGAAGGGAAUAUUCCAAUAUAAUAAUCUUUCACUGAGGUUUACCGUCUUAGAAUUGACUAACAAACUUAGGACAUUAAAAUGAGUCAUUCUAAGUAAAGAUUGUGGUUCAUGCUGUAUUGCUUGUCUUUAAUUUUUUAAAUAUUGUUUUUAGGAACAAGCUGUAUAGCCUGGAUGGCGUGUCUUGUAGUGUAAAUAUAUGUUAAUAUAAUGUAAUUUUAAAAAGGAUGUAACUUUUCUAAGUAUUGUAUGUUGUCUUCUGUGUUGUUACAUAACACAAAAAUAUUUUGAAAAAUAUUUUUUCAACUUAUAUUAUAUUUAAAGAAAUUGGGGAGGGGGUGAAUUUACAUUCUUUGGUUAUCACUUUCUCAUUUUUAGUUUUGCCUAUCUAAUUGCCUUUUUGCAUAAAUUAUUUGCCACCUUAUAUUCUAUGUAGUAUACUUCUGAUUUGUCUGAUUUAAAUGCCCUUUUCUUAUUUUUAAUUUAUUUUAUUACCUUUCCACUAAGCCACAUUUUUUGGGGGGGGUUUCAAUUUGUUUCUUUUAUAUUAUCCAAUGGUGUAUACUGAGAAGUGUACAUUUCAAUUAUUUGUUUGAAGAUAUUCAAUUUCUUGGAUAAUAUAAAAGAAACAAAUUUAAACCAAUGUGGCUUAGUGGAAAGGUAAUAAAAGAAAUUACAAAUAAGAAAUGUGCAUUUAAAUCAGACAGAUCAGAAGUAUACAAUAUAGAAUAUAUAUUACUUUUGCAAAUUGUAUGCCAUGGUGAGGGAAUGAUAAUUGUUUUUACAUUUUUUUUUUUUUUUUUUUUCAUUUUUCUUUUCAUUGUAAGUGUAUUUUCAUAAUUAUAAAUAUUAUCUAAACACACUUGGGGUUAAAUUAUAUAUAUAUAUAUAUAUAUAUAUAUAUAUCGAUAGAUAGAUAGAAACAAAUAAUAAUAAUAAUAUAUAUAUUAUUAUUUGUUUCUGGGUAAAAAAAGACACUAUCUAUCUAUCUAUCUAUCUAUCUAUCGAUAAUGUAUUUUUUUACCCAGUCUCCCUGCAGUCAAAAGAUUGCAAUGUCAUUCUGUGGACAUGAUGUGGAUGGGUGGGAUUUGCUGCAGGGUGACUGUCUCAGUUGUCAGUAACUACCCCCAGUUACGAUCAGCAGCAUGGGUGAGUAGAUGGGCUGGAGGGAAGGCCUGAUUGUUAGGGUGUGCUAUGCUACCCUUUUGCAUUAAAGCUCUCAUUUUGUAGGACAGCAUAACAUGCCCUUUGUCAGGAAGAGGUUUAACCACUCCAAGUUAGCAAGCUCAAUGAGUCAACUGUGGUUUAUAUAGCUGUACAAAAUCCCACACAGGUGGAAAUUAAAGAGACACUACAGGCAACCAGACCACCUGAGCUGAGUGAAGUGGUCUGAGUGCAGUGACCCUGUCCCCUUAACACUGCAAUGUUAUUUUUUGCAGUUUCUGAUAAACUGCAAUAAUUACAUUGCAGGGUGUAGAAUGCCUCAAGUGGCUGUCAAUAAGACAGCCAAUAGAGGCACUUCUUGUUUGCUUGGCGACUUUUAGUUUCCUAACUAAUUAUGGACGUCCUCACACUCGUCAUAGAGACAUCCAGCAUCAGUUAAAUCGCUAUGUGCAUUGUAACGGAAUGGACAUUUGCAAGUUACUUUUAUUUACCUAUAUUGGCUGUCCGUAUCUUCCCCACUAUUAUUUUGUGAGUUUUGCCAGUUAUUUCGUGCAGUUCUUCUUUGGCCAUUAGGGAGACUUCAUACAAACUGAAUCCAUUCGUUUCCCGAACAAGGACCACCCCUGUAACCCAUUAGAAUGUUAACACCAACCACUUAAGUGCGAAACUGCAAGGAAAACAAUUAAUGAAUGAUCUCCUGGGUGGCUGCCAUUUUGUAUAACCGAACACAUGGCUGGGAGCAUGGUGGCCAUCUUGUCUCCCGAACGAGGGCAGCGGUACUUGAUCGUCGAGUGCCUGGAACUAUUUUCGGGUUGGCACUUGCGCAAACACCGGUAAACUGUCAACCGCUGCCCGUUCCCAACCACCUACACGAACGGCAUUCGCGAGAUAAAAAGUACCGAACAGGGGGAGCAUUUGUAUCAUGAAAGCAAGAGAUUCCCUUGUAUGGUUUUCACACAGGAACCUCAUAAGCAGAGACCAGCCAGGGCACCUAUUCGUCUGGAACUAUUUUCGGCUCCCACCUCGUGUCUGCCCGGUCAAAUCUUCAACACAAUGCCGUUCCCAUUCUACUGAACUGAUCUGAGUGAUUCUUGGAUAUGUUGGUCACUUAGAUUGGUGCUUUCAGUGAAUAUACUUUUUGUGGGGUUUCUAUGUAUGGUUGGGGGACUUUUGGGGUACGGGAUAUUUUGGGGAUUUUUUUUGUGCUUGGGAGAUAAUUAAAUUGGAGGAGUUUACACAGGUAAUUAUCUCUCAGGCACAAAGGAUCCUGGGAUUGAAACCUUUGCAUUUUCUGCCUGUGUAACCCCUUGCAUGGGAGAUUGCAUAAAAGCCAUGUAUGUGACAAAAAAACAUUUAUACCCCCAGAGCUGAAUGUCGUCCAGUUGCUGGGGAUGAGGUGGGAGAUUCCUUCAUUUUUUUUACUGUGUUUGGUUGUUCCGUUGGAUUGUGUUGCUUGUUUCUGAAUAUAUAUUGGAAUACCCAGUGGAGGAGAGUCCCUGCUAAGACUAGGGCUCCGCUACAUGCCUUAUGUCAGUGGGGGGCAGAGCACCAACCCAAUGCUAAGGGACACUGAUGCCAGAAUCGGGUGAGUAUAGUAAAGGUUUAUUACACCUAUCUCUGCCGGGGAAGUGGGGGGGUGCUGCGAGUUAGGAGAUGGGCAAGAGGGAAGUAUAGUGCUAGGAAUACAGCUACAGCUUUGUAUUUCUAGCACUAUAGUAUCACUUUAUGGGACCACUCCUUCAAAUAACAGCAGCACACAAGGAAAGUCAAACAAAGAAAACACUUUCAAACAAAGAAAACACUACAUUUUACUGCUUUGAAGUUAAAGCAGAUUUACUGAGAAAAAAAAAUACCAAUCUCUGUCCACAAUUUUGCAUUUCUGUAAGUGAACUCCUAUUUGUCUAGCUCCUAUUUAAAAGAGACAAUUUUUAAGCAACUUCAAGUUAGGAAGCUCAGUGAAUCAGCUAUGGGUUUAUAUUGCAAUUCAAAAACCCACAGGUUUUUUUUUUUUACAUGUGAGGUUGUGGUUUUUGUUUGUGAUUGUUUUGUUUUUAUGUCGAAUCACUAGUAUUAUGGAUCUAAGUGUUGUUUAUUUGUGGCCUAUUUCAUUGAUCGAAGAGAGAGGUUUUUUAAAGGCAUUAGAAAGUAAGUUAGUUAAACAUAUUUUCUUGUAUUGUAGCAUUUGAUUACAUCACAAAGCAAUGUUUCUUAGAAGGGAGUUUUUAUUUUAUUUUAUCGUAAAUGGAAAGGGUGAACAAAGAUAAGUAAUGGAAGGUUAAGUAGGGUAGGUGCCAAAUGACCUUUGGCCACACUGGAUGACUGUUUUGAAAUUAUUUUGUAAUUACCUGUUGGACUGGUGUUCGUGUUUAUUGGAGCCAUAGAGCUUGGUAUCUGUUUUUUUUUUUUUUUAAUAACUGGGUUAGAGUGCCUAGCCCACCAUUAUUAUUUACCCCAAAGGCGAAAGAGAUAUGGUCCAUGUAUUGCUUUUAUUUUGUUUCUUUAUUGAAAUUCGUGGUAUAGUCAACCACUAAUGAUUUUAAUGUAUUUUCUUGAAGCUUAGUUUAUGCUGUGCUGUUUGAGUAAAUUUUACCAUUACAGAAGAAAUGAGCUGAAUUAAGCAAGCGCUAGCUAGUGGGUAACAGUGAACAGGGAGAGUUGCAUCAAAAUUUUUAUUGGCAUUUUAUUAUAUUUCUUUGAGGUUCAUAAGCUGAGUGCAGAAACUCUGCUGAUUCAAAACAGUUGGAAUAAAACAGAAUAUACAGAGAUUUAAUAUAAAGCUUGCAGUAUAUAGUAAGGGAAAAGCUUUAUCAAUAAAAAAAUAUUUAGAUCCCUGUGCCACCUGCUCUCCGUGGAAUGGCUACAUCAUUACCUUGCACUCUAUGAAUAACUUUAGCUAGCAGCAGAGUAUGAAAAAUGCAUUUAAUUGCAGAUGUUUCUUGCUUAAGAGCUGGAUUUUAAUAUUUUUAGAUACUAUGCAUUUAUUAUGCCACUAUAUUUUUUGCAUUAAUAUAUAUAUACUGCCUACAACUAUUUUUGGAGCAACUCAGUACCAUCAUGGUUCCUAUUUAUUCUCAAAUUUACUUUUUUAAUGUGUAAUAAACAUUUGGCUAUACAGUCUAUGCAAUUCUUGAAAAAAAAAAUGGAAUCAUAACAUGUCCAAUAGUGUUUUGUGUGAGUUUGUUGGGGUAUUAAUGACAGCAUAAUAUGAAGUUAUGUCAACAGGUUUAUGGUAUCCAACUGCCCAUUAGCAUCUGUGUAUUUAAUUUGUCCAUUCAUAUGCCAACACUCUAUUCAGCUAGAACAGAUGGGAAGUCUUGUAUGCCUCCUUAGUAAUCAAACAUGAAAAGGAAGCAUCUAAUUUAUGAUAGUGUAAUAUUUUUCAGAUAAAAAAUACAAGGGGAGGGGGGGAGGGGUGAGGGCUGUGCCCGAGGCUAGUAGCAGUAGUCUAUGAUAGUAAACAACCAGACCAAAUGGUCUAAAUGAAGAAUACAACAAAUAGGCCUAUGUAAAUAAUAGAACAGAAAAGAGUAAAAAGUCCAAAUUGAACAGUAGAAAUGAAUAAAAUAAGAUAAAAGGGGUCCUGGAUCCUGACUAUAUUACACCAUUGGCUAUUCUGUCAUUUUCCCUUUCUCUCCACAUAUACGGAUAUUUUAACCAUCCGGACGGAUCAACUCCUGAGGAUUGCCAACUCUCCCCCCCAUCCUGGUAUAUAGAGAGACUAUUUAUGUGACUUUUAUAAAAUAAUUUUACUAUCCGGAUGGACUAACUCCUGAGGAUUACCCCUUUUAUCUUAUUUUAUUAAUUUCUACUGUUCAAUUGGGACUUUUUACUCUUUUCUGUUCUAUUAUUUACAUAGGCCUAUUUGUUGUAUUCUUCAUUUAGACCAUUUGGUCUGGUUGUUUACUAUCAUAGACUACUGCUACUUGCCUAGGGCGCAGCCCUCUUCCCCUUGUAUUUUUUAUCUUGUUCUAAAAAGGGUCUUGAGGGAUUCCCUUUUUGGGUUGCUGCCCUUUAGUCUGUUAUCUAGCGCUGACUCUUCUCCCCUGUUCUAAUAGUUUUCUAGGCUUGAAAGCACAAGAUGGGGUAACCAGUUUCUUGUUAUUUAAGCUAGUGACAGAAGAUAAAUAUUAAAUCCGGAACCAAGUCCAAAGUCCAAUAAUACAUCAUGUUAAAUCACGCUGGUACCUGGUAAAGAGUCCUGGGAAUAUUGAAAGAAACUAAAAUGCCUAUUAAAAAAAUCCAAGAAUCAGAAUCAGAAAUUUAUAAAGAGCAAAUGACUACAUGAAGUCAUCCAAUAUAGUGCCAAAUGCCAAAGUAUACAGCCGGUGUUAAAUAUAUUAUAAUUCAGCUACCUGGGGCUAGUAUAUGUGAGUGUGUGUGCCUCUUAGUGAGUGAGUUAGUGUGUGCCUGUCAGUGAGUGAAUAUGUCUGUCAGUGAGUGUGUGUGUGUGUGUGUGUGUGUGUAUGUCUGUGAGUGAGUGUAAGUGUGUCUGUCAGUGAGUGUGUCUGUCAGUGAGUGAGGGAGUGUGUAUAUCUGUCAGUGUGUGUCUGUGUGUGUCAAUCAGUGUGUGUCUGUCAGUGGGUGAGGGUCUAUCAGUGAGUGUCUGUGAGUGUUUGUGUCUGUCAAUAACUUAGUAUAUGUCUGACAGUGAGUGUGUGUCUGUCAGUGUUUCUGUCAGUAUGUGUGUGUGUCUGUCAGUAUGUGUCUGUCAGUGAGUAUGUCUGUCAGUGAGUUUGUCAGUAAGUAUGUCUGUCAAUGAGUGUGUGUGAAUGAGUAUGUCUGUCAGUGAGUGAGUAUGUCUGUCAGUGAGUGUGUAUGUUUGUCAGUGAGUGAUUGUGUGUCUGUCAGUGAGUGAGCAUGUCUGUCAGUGAGUGUGUCUAUGAAUGUUUGUGUCUGUCAGUGACUUAGUAUGUUUCUGUCAGUGAGUGUGUGUCUGUCAGUGAGUGUGUGUCUGUCAGUAUGUGUCUGUCAGUGAGUGAGUAUAUUUGUGUCUGCCAGUAAGUGUGUGUUAGUCAGUAUGUGUGUGUCUGUCAGUGAGAGUGUGUCUGUCAUUAUAUGUGUGUGUUUUUCAGUGAGUGUGUGUGUAUUCUUGUGUGUUAGUGAGUGUGUGUGUAUUUGUGUGUGUCAGUCGGUGUGUGUGUCUGUCAGUGAGUGUAUGUGUGUGCCAGUGAGUGUGUAUGACCAUGUAAAUCGAUCAUUAUAUAUUAAAUUAUAAUUAUAAUAUAUAUUAAUACAGUUAUAUUUUGUAUUAAAAAAAGACUUUGCUUAAAGUGAACCUGUCAGACAAGUUCACUGUAACAUAACUUAAAUCCCACCAUUAUUAUAAAUUAAAUUCACCAAAUGCAUUGAAUACAUAAUUUAUUACAGUGAUAAAUUAUGUUUUCAAUGUAAAAUGCAUGUAUUAGGCAGUAUGUGUUUAGAUGUAGGUAUUAGUCAGUAUGCGUGUAUAGAUGUACGCUUUAAGCACUUGAAAAAGCCUAAUAGAGCGAAACGCUCUGUGUUUUAAUUACUUACUUAAUUAAUUAAUUAAUUACUUAAAAUAACUCUGAAACCUCACUCUACAACUCCACUCUCUCCUCUCAACUAGACAUCAUGGCACCUCCUACAUUUAAAUGCCACAAACAUUCCCACUUACAACCCUGGCACACCAAGCUGACCUGAUAUCUCCAAAAAUGCUCAAGAACUGCUGAAUGCUGCUGGAGAAAUUCUCACUCUACACCUGACUUACUCCACUAUAAAUUCAUAAAUUUAUAGGGCUCAAUUAAAGAUUCUGGUGCUUGCUUACAAGUCCUACAAUCAAGCUCUUUCCUCUGCAAAAGUUACUUCAAUACUCUCAUAACCACACUCUCCCGCGAACCCAAAUGACUAUUUCACAUUUUAAUGCUCUCCUUCGCCCUGUUGCUCUCCUUCCUCCUACAACCCUGUCCGCCUUAAACUUUGCAACUCACUUCACUGAGAAAAUAUCUAAAAUCAGGGAAGAGACCUCUAACCUCUUUCCCUCCCCUUUCCAAUACAUCACCCAACCCCACUCCCUCUGCUGUUCUAUGCUCAACGCACCUACCACAACAAAAGAGGUUUCUGUUCUGCUCCGGUCUUCCCGCCCCACCACUUGUUCCCUCGAUCCUAUUCCCUCAUAUCUCAUCCGCACUCUGUCCCCCUCUCUUGAUUUCCUCUCACAAAAAUUUUCAAUCUCUCCCUUUCCUCCUUCACUCUUCAAGCAUGCAACCAUAACGCUGAGUAUGAAAAAGCCCAACCUUGACCCCAACUCCCCAUCCAACUACCGCCCUAUAUUGCUACUGCCGUUUGCCUCCAAGAUCCUUGAGAGAGUUGUGUAUGCAAGGUUGACAGACUUCCUCGAAUCCAACUCUCUGCUUAACCUGCUUCAGUAUGGAUUCCGCGCUCGUCAGUGCAAUGACGCGGCUGAGGUGCAGGUCCAUGCCGUUGUGCUUUCUCACCUUGACUAUUGCAUUCCCCUUCUCAGUGGUCUUACGUGUUCCCAGAUUGCACCACUGCAAUUUAGAAUGAAUGCGUCGGCAAGGCUCAUUUUCCUCCCCGCCUGAACCUCCCACGCCUCCCCCCUAGGUCAGUCCCUACAUUGGCUUCCAGUUAGAUAUAGGGCUCAAUUUAAUAUUCUGGUGCUUGCUUACAAGUCCCUACAUACUGCUGCUCCAACUUAUCCUUCCUAAUUCACAAAUAUGUCCCGUCGAGGCCCCUGCACUCUGCCGAAUACAUAUGUCUAUCCAUACUCCCACAUCUAAUGCUCACCUCCAAGACUUCUUCAGGGCUGCACCUUUUCUGUGGAACUUCUUUCCCUUCUCCGUUAGACUUUCACCCAGUCUCAGUCUCAACCUAUUUCAUUACCCCUACUUAUAGCCUUUGUGUCACUAUACCCCACUACCUCUAGCAUGUAAGCUCAUUGAGCAGGGCGCUAACCCCUCUGUUCCUGUGCAUCCAUUUGUCUGGUUACAAUUACGUGUCUGUUAGUCCACCCAUUGUACAGUGAUAUGGAAUUUGCUGGCGCUUUAUAAAUAAUAAAAUAAUAAUAUGUGUAUGGAUGUACGCAUUAAGCAGUAUGUGUGUAUUGAUGUACGCAUUAAGCAGUAUUUGUGUAUGGAUGUAGGUAUUAGGCAGUAUGUAUAUAUGGAUACAUGUAUUAGGCAGUAUGUGUGUAUAGAUGUAGGUAUUAGGCAGUGUGUGUUGGACACCAUAUGGCAAAAUGUAGGCAAAAAUAGCUGAUCUAAAAGAAUUCAAUUCGGGCUACAGUCACAGUUCAGCUGUUUUUACUUAAAUUUUGCAAUUUGGUUUUCAACUCAGUGCAAUUCAAAGUUUAGUGAAUAAACCUCUGUGAGAUUGUAUUUGCAUGCAUGAGGCGGCGGCAAAAUGGAUCUUUGCCUAGGGCGGCAGAAAUCCUUGCACUGGGCAUGAAUACUGAUAGUGUUCACAUCCUAAGUUCCAUAUUGUGUAUGUUGCAAGUCUAUUUUGAAUAAUUUUAUCACAUGCUUGGAGAACUUUUAAUUAUAUUUUUUGCAUUGAUUACAAUAUUAACCGAAAGUCAGAAGUAUUUAGUUAAUGAGUGGCAGCAUUUAUUUUUUUAUUUUUUUAUUUUUUUUAUUCAAGGUUUUUAUUGAAGUCAUUCAAUAGUCACAGAUGGAUAUGAGCUUUUACAUGACAGAUUACAGUGCUGGGCAGGUAAGCAGAGUAUGCAGUUCGAACUUCAGUUUUGGAAUGUAAAGUACAUAUAUGGCAAGUCCUAUAUCUAACAUUGUCUGCUAGGAGUUGCUUUCCCAUUUAGUGAGGUACUUGUGUGGUUACAGAAUGUGGUAGGGGUUUGCUGUGGUUAGCAAUACCUGUGGGGUGUAUAGUUAGGUAGGUAUUACAGUGAGGUAUGGAACAUGAAACAUAAAAUUUGAUGCUCGGAGAUGAGGGGAAGGAGCUUGUGGGCAGCAGGGAGACGCAGGUCGUGAUUCUGCUGUGGCCGGGUCCAUUUGGUGCGUGGGGGUAUGAGUUCUGUAGUCAAAGGUCAGUGAGUCAGUAUUUGGUGUGGCAGGGGGGUGUAUCGCUGGAGUGUGUCGUGUAUGUGUAUUUGCCGUGUGUCGUGGUCGUGUCUCAUGGGAACAUGUGGGGUUGUGUUGCGUGGUUUUCCUCCUGGGUUGGGAGGGGGGAUGCAUGUGUGAGUUGUUCUGUGUUGCUUCAUUUCCCCGCUGUUGUGUCAGUAGUGGGUUAUGUGUAGUUGGAAUUGCCGGGGCGUGAGGGGGGUAGUGAAGGACAGGGGUGGGAAAGGUGGAGGAGGCGUGGAUAGACUUAGGGUUAGGCGGGGUGAGGUGUGAAGGGAUAAGGGCAGGUUAAAGGGUUCUGAACCCAGGUCCCCAUCCUAGCUCCCCCCGCCCUCAGGUCUGGCAUCCGCGGAGUCGUCUUGGGUCUGGCGACCCUUCCAUCAUGGUCUCGUUGUUGUUGUUUGUUCCCGUCGAGGGCCAAGAGCCUCCUAGCUUCUCCCGGGGGUUGUGUGUCUCCCCUAACCGCAGAGGGGGAGGCGAGCCUCUGGAGCCAGUGGUACCAAGUGUCAUGAUAGCGCUGUAUGCGCCCUGGAGUGGCAGCAUUUUUAAUAUACAGAAUGUGCACUUAAUUCCUUUGACCUUACAAUAAACUAUAAGAAGAUACAUAUUUUUACAGAAAACUUCUGAAAGCAUUCCCCUUUGAUAUAGAAGCGUAUUUGAAAUAUUUGGUAAGGGCUAUAUUUUGAGGUGAAUUCUUUUAAAUAUUUUUUUUUUAACUAGACAGACAAAUUUCUUUUAGGAGGAAGUGUGUUAAUACAUAAGUUAUUUAGUGAAAGAUAAAAUUAAACAAGCAGCUCUAUACACUUGUGUGAAAUACCUUCCUCUCCACACACCUCCAUAAACACACAACUUUAAGUCGUACUAGUAAAACCUAUACCCUUAGUGGAGCACUGUAAUAAAUAUUAAAGGGGUGGCUUACCCCACGUUAUCAUGAUGGGACCGUGUACCUCAGUUACAUAAAAGACAAAACAAGAAGAAUAGAAUAUAGUGCAGAUGGUAAUAAGAUUUAAAUACUUUGUCUUGAAAAUUGGGUCAUUAAAACAUAUGAAAUAAAACAUAAAAUUAACAUUAAAAAUGUAUUUGUUUAUUUUAUGUUUUAUUUCAUAUGUUUUAAUAUUUUUUCCACAAUACAUUUAGUACUUUAUAAGUCCUCUAAAGCAUCAAUAAUCUUUAUUGUGGUGGUGCCAUCCCCUCUAUAUUGACACUAUACCGGUUAUACUCAAAGCCAAGAUUUUAAGGCUCUAUAUAAGGUGAGCUUGAUGCCUAUUUUAUACUUUUAUGGUAUUUUAUUGGAUAUACUACACAUUGGACGCCUCUCUUUUUUUAUCUUUGCCAAAGUGAUAUCAGAGUGGAGGAGUGGUGUGAUCCUCUAAGAGCAUAAAAACCCUUCUAACAGAGUCAUUAUAUUAUAGGCUCCUUUACAUGUGAGUGACCCAAUUUUCAAAACAUAGCAUUCGAAUCUUAUUACCAUCUGCACUAUAUUCUAUUCUUGUAUUAUCCUUUAUGUAUCUGACGUACAUGGUAUCAUCAAUAUAACAUGGGUUAAGUCACACCCUUAUAUUUAGUACAGCUCUCCACUAAGGUUAUAUAUUUUACUCGUACCACUUAAAGUUUUGUGUUGUUGUUUCUUUGUUUUGUUUUUCUACUUUGAUUAAAAAAAUAUGUGGAAAACUCAAAAUGCUGGCAACUUAUUUUCUGUACAAAUAAAUAUAAAAUCACUUAAUGAUACACUUUAGGUUCUGCACAGUUUUUCUAUGCUUUUAAGUCUCUUCAAUUAUGACCCAUAAACCAUUCAUCCAAUCAUUAUCUAAAGAGUUAUUAUCUCUUUAGUUGCAUCAUUUAUACAUAAACACUGAUUAUAGUUGUGUUCUGACUGCUCCCCUGGCAAUUUAUCUUCACCAUUGUAUAAGCCAGCAUGGCAGAAACACAUCAGUCUAUUGCACUUUACUACUUGUUUGACUAAUCUCCCACUUCCUUUGAAUUGUUAGUUAGUUCAAGCAGGACAACUCUCACCUUUAGUUCUGGAAUCUGUGAACCUGUAUUGUCAUCAUGAAAUUUUAAUUUCAUCUGUAGUUGACAGCUGAUUUACACUAUACAAGGCUAUUGUUUUAUAGUAAUGUUGGUGAUUAUUGUUGAUGCAUCAUCUAUGAGAUACAUUAACCUUCUCAACAACAUUUAUAAUCAUUUGAUUAACUAGACAGUUCAUUUGACCUGUGUCUAAUAUAAUAUGAUGAGAUUCAUUCAUUUAUAAAUUUAUUUUAAGUUAAAUACAGUGCCAGUGAUUUUGUUCCAAAUAAAUUAUCAGAUAUUUUUCACACUUUGGUAUAGUAUUAUGUCCCUAUGUAUUGAUCCUAUGGAUAUCAUAAACUUGAAUUUGACUUUCUAUAUUGAUCCUAGUAACACUAAAAAGUAUGAUAAUGUAUUUAUUUAUUUAUUAUUAAUAUAAUCUAGAUUUGUGCAUUGCGAAUGAUUUUAUUCCAGUUAAUUGAUUUAGCUGAAAGAUAAACAUUUGGAUGAGAAGUAUUGCAGCCAGAAGAAAUGUGUUUCUUAGUGAAAAAAUUAGUUUUGACCACAAAAAUUAUGAAGAAACAAAAGUUGUAUAUAGGGUCCCUUUAACAAACAAAUUUUUUUUUCAAACUGUAAAUUGGUGAUUCAAAGCUGGUGUUAAAUGAACAAUGUAGCAUUGUGAAUACAUAUAUGAAUCCCUAAUGCUACAGUCCUGUUGCCCCUUAACAUUUCUGCACCCCAUCUGUACAAAAAUAAAAAUGAAAAAAUAAAAAAAUAAACAAUUACUCACUUUGUCUCUAGCGCUGCCAUGACCUCCUUCUUGGGUGCAUCAUCCUAGAGGUGUGCCUCCUGAAGUACAUGAAGUCAUGGUAUGUUACGGUAUGAGAGCUGGGAAGUAAGAUUCCUGACUCUCAUUAUCAAAGGGCUUGGAGACAGAAUUUUGAGUCAACCAAAAGGGCUCAACUACCUCGCUAUAUGGUUGAUUUAUGAUUCAAGUAUUUUCUGAUUUGGAAUUCAGAAAUUCAGCCAAACACCCGAUUGGCCCACAUUUGGUUUAAUUGCAGUUUGGAAUUAAAUUGAUUUCCAAGUCUAAUAUAAACCAAAGCCAGAUUUAAUUAUUUGACCCAGUCUUCCAGAGAUUUGUGACAGUGACAGUCACAAUUAGCAGAAUCUAUUUGCAUUUGUGAUCAUAAGUACCACACAUUAUUUACAAGGACAAAUGUUGCAGAGAGAGAGGAUGUCUCCCUCUCCCUAUAGGUCAUUUAAAUAACAGAUACCAGACACCGAUACCUAUAUGCUUCCAUUAAUUCAGUUCUUUCCAUCACAGCAGGUAGGCUGUAGCAUUCUAUUGAUGCUCAGAUUGUUUUAAAAGAUUUAAUGUGAGCUAUGAAAAUACUCUCUAUAACAUUACUCCACCUACACCAGAUAGUUCCAUUGACCAUUGACAGAAGGUUGCAUGGAUCCAUUGAUUUGUGUUGUUUACACCAAACCCGACCCAAACUGAGAUGUGUCAGACCAAGUAAUGUGUUUACCUAAAAAAUUUUUCAAGAAAAACAAGACCACCUGUCUGAAACCAGCAGUGGGAAUAAUUAUAUCAUUUAUUCACACUCUCUCUGUAGAUAAUAAAAUAUUUGUCCACCUCUUCAAAUUGAAAAUAACAACACAACAUCUACAGAUAUAAAGACAAUAAAAAUACCUAGAGCAGUAUUGUAUAUACAGCAGUAUCGGAUUUGUAUCUAUUGUGCUCAGAGAAGUAUAAUUCAUAGAAGGUAAAUUUCCACUUAUGGUUAUUGCACCACACUUUUCCCACUUCCACUACAAUUUUUUCUCAUAACCAUAGAAAUGAGAAGAAAAAAAUGUUUUUGGAAUCUUCUAAUGUUGAUGCAUCCAUAGAUUGUUUCAUCAGUUUCCUGUUCUUUGCUGACAGGAGUAGAACCUCUUGUGUUUUCAGCUGCUAUAGUCUAUGAACGAAAUUACCAGGAAAUAAGCAGUUUCUGAGAUAUUCAAACCAUCACAUUUGGCACCAACAAAUAUUUUACAUUCAAUUACUUAGCCACAUUUUUGUCUGAUAUGUUUGCAUUAUUGAGCAGGUGUUCAGGUAUACCUAAUAAAAAGUGGCUACUGAGUGUAUUUUGUGUUCGUAGAGAUAUAAAGAAAAAAGUCAAAGCAUUAUAGAAACCUACAUGUUAAACAUUGUGCUCUACAAAAUUGCAAAUAGAAAGCUGUGUUACUAUAGUAACACCAAUUGCACAUAACUCAUAACCACUUCUAGUAUAAGGAAAAUAAAAACAUAUUCUAAAAUUCAACACUAUUAGUCUGAAAAAAUAUAAAUGUAAAUUGUUGUCGAGUAAUUGAAAUUAAUUAUUUAGCUACAUGACUUUAUAUUGUAUUCAGUAUUGCGGUUUGUAGUUUGUAUUUUGAGUACUCAAUGUAUUUCCUUGAAAAAUUUAUGUUGACUCUAUAGUUAAACUAUAUAGUUUCAUCAUUCUAUCUUAUUUAAAGGACCACUAUAGUGCCAGGAAAACAUACUCGUUUUCCUGGCACUAUAGUGCCCUGAGGGUGCCCCCACCCUCAGGGUCCCCCUUCCGCCCGGCUCUGGAAGGGGGAAAGGGGUUAAAACUUACCUUUUUCCAGCGCUGGGCGGGGAGCUCUCCUCCUCCGAUCCUCCUCCGUUCCUCCCCAUCAGCUGAAUACGCAUGCGCGGCAGGAGCUGCGCGUGCAUUCAGCCGGUCGCAUAGGAAAGCAUUAUCAAUGCUUUCCUAUGGAUGCUUGCAUGCUCUCACUGUGAUUUUCACAGUGAGAAUCACGCAAGUGCCUCUAGCGGCUGUCAAUGAGACAGCCGCUAGAGGCUUUGGGGGAAGGCUUAACCCAUUCAUAAACAUAGCAGUUCCUCUGAAACUGCUAUGUUUAUAAAAGAAUGGGUUAAGCCUAGCUGGACCUGGCACCCAGACCACUUCAUUAAGCUGAAGUGGUCUGGGUGCCUAGAGUGGUCCUUUAAUAAAGAUUACAUUAUUAUCAAAUCUGUUUACAACACUGACAUUUUGAUUAACAUAACCCUAUUAUUGUAAAAGAAUUUCAGUAAAAUGCAAGUGUGUAUUAUUAUAAUUACCUUAGUCCAGAUAUAAAAUGUGUCCCUUUAUUCAGAUGAAUCCUAUCCAUGGUGGACAAUUUAACCUUUAAAAAUGCAUUUAAUCUAAUGUUUACAAGUAAGGUUACAUUUAUUCAUAUAUUACACAUACCUGUGUAAACAUAAUGUAUUAGAAUGGACUCCAGGUCAUAAUAAAAUAAUAAAAGAUGCCCUGCACCUUGAUAUAUAUCAAAUUCUUGCUGGAUUUCCUAUUGUAUUAUAUUUGAGAUAAAUCAUUUGAUAGAUAAAUUUGUGACAGAACAAAUUUGACAGUCACAAAAGAAAAAUGUGGUAACAUCACAGCUAGAUUUCAGUUGUUUUACCACUGAUUCAUGAUAUUAUUUUAUCAUAUUGUAGUAUUCUGUUCCUUAGUAAAAAAAAUAAAAUAAAAUAACAUAUACAAUUGCAUUUACUGGUAUAGGUCAAUAUUCUCUUAAAAAUGCAUUGUCUAUGGCAGGAGUUCCUAAUUAAUUUUUCCUGUGGAACCCUUUGACAUAGUAUACCAACAUCGUGGAACCCCCCCAAAAAGAAAAUUUGCGCCGUAGCACAAACCUUUUAGUAAGUGGCUUUUUUAUUAUCAUUUUUAAAUAUUUUGCUUAAAAAAAGGCAAAGUCUUUAUGUAAAAUGACGAUGUAAUUUAGUGGGUGCUAACGAACUGUUUGGCAAUAUUUUCUUGCAAACUAAACAUUGUGCUUGAGGUAUAUUUUUAUUUCUGGCACUUGUGAAUCCAAAUUUUAAGUAGCUGUCGUCAUAUUUUCUUUUCCUUGUUUAAGAAGAAGAUUGGGUAGCAUUGUGUGCUUUUCUUUUUUCUUUGACUUGUCACUUGUCUCUGCUAUUUUGGAACAGCAGAUUCAACUAUUUCAACAGUUGGAAACAGUAAUAAUUUUUCACUUGAUAGUUCCUUGUUUUAACCAGAUGUCCAAAUUCAUGGUUGUUGGUUGGUAAAAAAGCAAAAAAAAAACAAAACUUCUCUAACCUGAAAAAAUUCAGAUCUCACUAGCUAACUGAAAUGGAUGCUGUUUUUUUAUAAUGCUCUUAGAAAGAACUUAAUGUAAGAAGGAGUUUGAAUAAGUCUUAGAGCAAAAAGGUUAGAACACUUUUAAACUGGUCUCACUACCUAACUGCAAAGGAUGCUGUUUUUUUUUUUUUUUUAUAAAGCUCUUAGAAAGAAAUGAACAUAAGCAGGAUUUUGGCUCAGUCUUGGCGUAAAGAGAACACAUCAAAACAGCUUCCUUUGCAGUCAGGUAGUAAAACCUGUAGUAAACAGCUCUUAGAAAGAAAUUAUUUUGGUAGAUCACAGAUUUCUACUGAUAGUACACAGAAAUAAUUAAUAUAUAUAUAUAUAUAUAUAUACACACUUUUCAAAAAAAUAAAGGGAACACUUAAACAACACAAUGUAACUCAAUGUAUACUUCUGUGAAAUCAAACUGUCCUCUUAGGAAGCAACACUGAGUGACAAUCAAUUUCACAUGCUGUUGUGCAAAUGGGAUAGACAACAGGUGGAAAUUACAUGAUUUUGCUAUUACAUGACGAAAAGUCAUGAUUUUAUUAAAGACACGGAGGCGAGUAUUGCAUAUCCCUUUCUUUACUGUCCACCAAUAGCAGCAAAGGAUAUAAACAGAAUGAAAAAACAAUGAACAUACAGUGACAUAGGCCCCUCCCUGCACAGGUCCCAGGAGGACCUGGGAGAUGGUAUGGGAGAGAGUAGAAGACAUGGACCCCAUUGGUGCCAUAAUGGCAUCUGUCAUCGAGCGCUGUAGUGCCAAGAAUUGGUCCCCUUCAGGUUGGGUGGGUCUAUCUGCCAGAGUAGAUGGCGUGUCAUAGAUGACGGGGGUCUCUCCCAGAGGCAAAAGGGCAUCUAUCACCCCAGAGGGUGGUGAGCUGGAAGGCAUCCUGGGUUUGGGCAUAUUGGAUGCAGCUCAAUAUUCCUACUAGUGAGUUUACAGGGUAGUAAGGGUUAGUCACCCAAACUAUAGGGAAAGAGAACGAUAGGGAUCUCACCAGGGUCCAGACCAGAGGCACACAGACACACACGAGGUAGUAUGAGAGAAAAAUGUGAGCUGUUACUUAUCUUUGGAGCAGCAAAGAAAGAGGGUAGGGAGGGGCCUAUGGCACUGUAUGUUCAUUGUUUUUUCAUUCUGUAUAUAUCCUUUGCUGCUAUUGGUGGACAGUAAAGAAAGGGAUAUGCAAUAUGAGCCUCUGUGUCUUGUCAUAAAAUUGUACAAAUGGGAUAGACAACAGGUGGAAAUUACAGGCAAUUAGCAAGACACCCCCAAUAAAGGAGUGGUUCUGCAGGUGGUGACCACAGACCACUUCUCAGUUCCUAUGCUUCCUGGCUGAUGUUUUCGUCACUUUUGAAUGCUGCUGGUGCUUUCACUCUAGUGGUAGCGCCCGUUCCCCAGACCUGAAUCCAAUUGAGCACAUCUGGGACAUCCUGUCUCGCUCCAUCCACCAACGUCACAUUGCACCACAGACUGUCCAGGAGUUGGCAGAUGCUUUAGUCCAGGUCUGGGAGGAGAUCCCUCAGGAGACCAUCGGCCACCUCAUCAGGAGCAUGCACAGGCAUUGUAGGGAGGUAAUACAGGCAAGUGGAGGUCACACACACUACUGCGCCUCAUUUUGACUUGUUUUAAGGACAUUACAUCAUAGUUGGAUCAGCCUGUAGUGUGUUUUUCCACUUUAAUUUUGAGUGUGACUCCAAAUCCAGACCUCCAUGGGUUGAAAAAUUUGAUUUCCAUUUUUUCAUUUUUGUGUGAAUUUGUUGUCAGCACAUUCAAAUAUGUAAAGUAUUUCAGAAGAAUAUUUAAUUAAUUCAGAUCUAGGAUGUGUUAUUUUUGUGUUCCCUUUAUUUUUUUGAGCAGUGUAUAUAAUUAUAUGUAAAUAAAAUUAUAUGUAAAUAAGUACAAAAUAAAAAUGUGAAAAGCCAAACCCAAAUACCGUAUAUACUCGAGUAUAAGAUGAGUUUUUCGGCACAUUUUUUGUGCUGAAAAAGCCCCACUCGUCUUAUACUCGAGUCAAGGUCUGUAUUAUGGCAAUUUACAUUGCCAUAAUAUAGACCAGGACCGCUGGGCUCAUUACAAGCCCGGCGGUUCUGUUGGAGGCUUGCAGCAAGCUAUAACUUACCUUUCCUGCAGCUCCUGUCAGCUCCCUUCUCCUCCGUGCCGGUCAGCUCCCACUGUAAGUCUUACGGGUUACAGUGGCAACGCUCCGCACGGCACUCAGACCGCGAGACUUACAGUGGAGGAGAAGGGAGCUGACCGGAACGGAGGAGAAGGGAGCUGACAGGAGCUGCAGGAAUGGUAAGUUACAGCUCGCUGCCAGCCCCCCUCCUACACAGUCCAUGCCACUAGAGCACCAGGGAAUAAUAUUGCCCCCCUCCCUGGUCAUGCAACAAGCAGGGAGGGGGGACAAAAAAAAUAAAAUGAAAAUGUAAAUAAUAAUAUAAUAAAAUACAAAAUUUAAUAAUAUUAAAAUAAAAUAAAAAUAAUAAUAUUAAAAAAACAAAUAGUAAUAUUAAAAUAAUAAUAAUAAUUAAAAAAAAAAAUGCCCAUCCCCACCAAGGUUACACACACUGCAUCCAUACACACACACUGCAUUCUUACACACACACUGCACACACUGCAUUCAUACACACACACACUCUGCAUUAUAUACAUACAUACACACACUGCAUUCAUUAUAUACACAAAAUAAAUAUUCAAUUAAUGUAAUUUUUUGGGGAUCUAAUUUUAUCUAGAAAUUUACCAGUAGCUGCUGCAUUUCCCACCCUAGUCUUAUACUCGAGUCAAUAAGUUUUCCCAGUUCUUUGGGGUAAAAUUAGUGGUCUCGACUUAUAUUCGGGUCGACUUAUACUCAAGUAUAUACGGUAACUUGUUUUCAGCUGCAGACUUUUAACAGUCUCUACAUGACAAUAGAAAUAAAUAAACCUAUCUUAUAUGCCACAAUGGACACUAAUCUAAAGAGUUGUAAUUUCUAAAUGGCAGUAUAAGAAAUCAUUUUUUCUAUUGCCAAUAUUGUGAGCUGAGCACCUAACAGAGGCUUUGAAUGCUUCAACUCUAUCAGAAGCAAUGUUUUGUUUGUGUUUUUUGGUAUAUCAUUGAUUUAUACAGAUAGUAAGCAGACUAUAUAUAUUUCUUUAAUAAAAUUAUUUGUAAAUAUGUUUAACAAAAAAAGUAGUAGCCCAACUAAAAUAACUUGUUUUCUAAUGCAGACUUUUAACACAGUCACAAAACCUAUCCACAGGUGUCACAAUGGACACUAAUCUAAAGGGAAGUAUCAGUCUAAAUGGCAGUAAAAUAUACAAUUUUCUUAAUUUAUAUUGUGAACUGAGAACCUGAAUGCUUCCACUCUCUAUCACUCAGUGGAUAGGAAAAGGUUGACAGAGGGCGGACUGACAGAGGGCAGGCAUGCAUAAGUGUGUGGCAAUCUCACAAUUUCUUAAUAAGAUCGCAGCCAUGCGAUCUCUGCUGUUUUUGUCCUUCCGGGAACAGCAUGGAAUGACGGUCAUCUUGGAUGUGGCGAUUCACAGCAGAACCCCAAUUUUAUUCUUGCGGAACACCAAUUGGGAAACACUGGUCUAUGGGGAAUAUUUUUGCCCUGUGAUUAUUGAUUAAAUAAAAACUGUAUUUUCUCCCCUAACUUUAUAUUCAAAUACACUAGUUUCUGAAAUUAACACAAUUUUUCAAUUGUUUAACAAAACUCAUCUCCUUUUUUGACAGAACUGUUGUUCAUACAGUUUACAAAUUAAUAAUCAAAAUAAAAUAUUUUUUGAAGAGAAUGCAAAAACAUCAGAACCGAUUUAUGAAGUUCAGCUAAAAAUUACAGGGAAAUUAUACAGGAAUUAUGUUCUUAUUGACAAAUGCAUUCCACAAUACAAGGAGAAGCUGCAUUAUAUAAAUGAAUAUUCAGUAUAACACUAUAGAAUAUUAAGUUCUCCCACACUUCACACUGUUACUCCCACUCAUUGUCAAUCUGUUGCUAUAGCAAAAUUUCCAAUCAUGAAGCUAGUCACAUGAUUUAGAGUGUUUUUUUCUCACUCGGUGUUUAAUAUUAAAAGAACAAUACAUUAUAUAUUUUUUAUUACUAUGUCUAGAUUAAAUGUUCUAUUUUGAUAUUUUAACAGGCAGAGCAUGUUUUAAAAUACCAAAUUGUACAGUGUGGCACCACAAUUAAUAUGUUUCAUUUUCUUUGUAUACCUUUUUAUGGCCAAUAUUGUAUAUUUUAUUUCCUUGGAUCAGAGAGAGAAUAUUACUGAGUAAAGGUUAAAUGGAAUCUCUUUUACUAAUGAUUUACUGCAUUCCUUAGCUGCCAGCUUUUUCAAUCUACUGGUGUCCUUGGAAGUAAUACAAUAAAGAUUGAUAAUUAAAAAUGCAAAAAAAAAAAAAUUAUAAAAAAAAGUCAAUUUUUUUGUGUUUAUUUUAAAUUUGUAUUAAUUUUAAUUUUUGCAUUUUUACUUGACAAUCUUUGUUGUAUUUUUGUAUUAUUCGUGGAACAGAGUCUUUACAUGACUGGGAGAGAACACUUCUAAUCUUUUGUAUUUUCAAUUAUAGGUUAAUAGGUUCCGUAUUCCUCUCUACCCAUCUAACUUUACUGCAUUUCAGUAGUAAACUGUCUCCCUAUUUUUUUCUACUUUUGCUCCACUUAACUCUUAUUUUUGUCCUUGGAAGUAAGCCAUUUUCUGACAGACAUGUAACCAGUGUGGAAUUUUGGUAAUAAAUGUAUAUGUGAGAAGAACAACAGGGUUUCUAUGAAUCUUCUUUUAAUAGUAAUGAAGACUGUGGCGGAACAGACAGCCACGUGUUCUUGGAGGGGGCUGCUUGUCCGCCUCCUACCUACUGGGAUAUAUGGCAUUUGAAAACACUAUUUGUGCCCUGUGACAAAACUGGAGAUUGUGCACAAAUAUGACUAUUAUCCAUAUGUUUUAUGAUUCCCUUCGUUUGUUGCACUGUUCCCCCAUGUGUUUCAUCUGUUGGUUCGGCUGGAUAGACUACCAGACAAACUGUGUAGUUACUGGGUGGCCACCAUUUCAUGUAUCAGAGGCACAUGGUGAGAACAAUGGAUGGCGGCCAUUUUAACUCACAGACACUGUUUUGACUUUUCUACACGGUGCCAUCUCGCCGGUAUUUGGUGCACAAAGACAUCAUUUAGUAGUUUUAAACUACAGAACAGGGGACAUAUUUAACAGUAAUUAUUUUUCAUAUAGCCUGUAUAUGUUCUGCGGAAUCUGCAUUAAACCAUAUCUUCCAAACUACUGAACAGAUUUUGGAUAUGUGGUUCACCCAGAUCCCCUGGUUUCCGAGGAUGCAUUUUUAUGGGGUUAUUGCAUGUUUUGUGGUCCCUGUGAUAUGUUUUAUAAUACUGUAUUUCCAUGCCUGUGAUAAUUAAGUUAGUCUAUUGUGUUGAGAAAAUUGUAUCACAGGCAGAGGGGAGGAUUUCUGAUGUAAUUAAUGGGAGUGUUAGCUGUGUUGUAAUGUGUUGAUUGGUUGUUCUUCAAAACCCUGUGGGCUGUACUAUGUUUGUAGAAUGUGAAUAAAAGAGGCUGGAUGUCCCAGUACAGACAGUUCUACUUCACCCUCAACACAUAGUCUUGUCUCGUGAUUGGAGGGGACAGCUAUACUCACACUGGGGAUUGCUAUGCUCUGCCUACUCCCCUGAGCUUUAAUCACUUAGCUCUUUUAAGAGCUUGUUCCUGUUACGCUCUCCUGGAGGAGAGGUCUUCACCUCACGGUCCUGGUUGACAGAAGUUGAUCCAGGGUGGACAAAGACGGCGAGACUCCAGUUAAGCUACGGCGGUUGUGGAGUCUACAGUGGUUGUGGUGUCCGGUGCAGUGCUUGAAGUCCUCAGGAAGCGCUAGGAGCAUCCUUCAAUGGAGGUACCCAGUCGGGGUGCCCCUCGAUCCGUUAAAAAGCCUAUAUGCUUCUACAUAUAGUAUAUAGAAAACAAAUGAAACUGGAUACAUACUAGAAAGUCAACACUGAAUCAUUUAUAGACAGUGAACACACUUAAUUCUAGGCUGUAAAAAAAGUGAAAUUAAAAUAUUUUGUCAUUUCAAAUGGCUAUACAAAUUUUGUGGUAUUUGUGAUUAACAAAGCAUUACCAUUUGGAGUGUUGGUCAAUUCUUACCUUAACCCUAUUCGAGAGAAUGCAAAAUGGCAAUUAAGUAAAUAUGAAACAUACACACAUUCCUCUGAUCAAAUGAUUUGGUAGGUAACAAACAUUCUAAUAGGUUCUUCAGUAUUUUACUUAUUUUAAGGAAACUUCUUAGUAGAGCAUAUUCUUAGUAGAACAUUUGGGACAGCCAGGGUGCAUACAGCUUCUUUGAUCGUGAAAAUAUUUCUAAUUUCUUAGCUAUUUGGCUAAACCUCUGAUGAUGAUAGAAUUCUGAAAAUCCUGGGUCACAACAUUAGCAGAGAAACUGACAGCUGAAAAACUGCUAAGUGGGUGUGCCAUUAAGUUAUUUUCUUCCUAAGCAUCUACUUUUGUUUUAGCUCCUUCAAAACAUGAUUAGUUUAUUUUUUUGAAACCAUUGAAUUUUGAUUACUUUUCUUAUCAAUUUAAAUUUGUGACAUGUACAAAAGCAGUUUUUUUGGUAAUCACUGCAUCUUCAUUAAGGCUUCAAUGCCAAUUUAAAAAUAUGUGACAAUUAUUAGAAACUCCGUUUAAAGUGACCAUGACAGUAUUGUAUCAUAUUGUUCGUCUGUGGAUACUCUCACACACUGAAAAAAAUAUCGACACAUUUCUUGCCUUAACUUUUGAGAAACAUUGACUAGUGAGCUAAAUUGAAUGUGACAUUCUUCACUGACAUAACUUUAUAAUGCACCUAUGAGCUAUGUAAGAGAAUAAUGCUUUAUUAAUGGCUAUCAAUAACUGGUUAUGAUAACUUAUUGUCAGGUAAUUAUAGUAGUUGUUUAACUAUCUGGUAUGAUCCAUGGCAUUUAUACUGUCAUUCCCCGACCAAUUACUUUCACCCCUUGAAUCCUGCCAGUUUCCCAUGGUGAGGUCAUCAUGAUGAUAUUGAGACACAUGGGGCUUGCACUCGAGUCAGGGCCUCAACUUGGUACAUGACCUGACUAAACAAGGUGGUGCGGGAUGGGGACACCCAGGGAGGAGAAGGUUGUUCCUAUGUCCAUCCCACAGGAGAUAUGCUAACCCACCACAGCCCAUUUAGAGGAGAGGGGAUAUGGGUGUACCAAGAGAUGGGUCAUCCCUCAUGUACAUUUGGACCGAGACAGAACACCACACGCAGACCUACCUAGGCAGAUGCAGCUUUUACUACCAUACCAUACACCACUACUUAACCCAUGAUGGAGGGGGGUUUAGCAAAUACAUGGACACGAGCCGCGAGGUGGCAGAGGGAGAGGGCGGACUGAGGCUGGCACAUCCCAGUUCACUGACCAGUGUGAAGAGGGAGAUUCUUAUUGAAACAGACGACCAUCUAGCACUUCAACGACACACUCUCCCACAGCACCCCAAAUGUGCUCCAGGGCACCCGUGUGACACCGCCUCCAGCAGGGCCACCAACCACAUGCAAGCAGACUACAUACACUCAUGACAUGAUGCACUACAAGCAGUAGGAUGACUACAGUUGACAAACAGAGUUUCGCAUCACAUACAACCCUCACACUAAUUUAUGUAAUACGCAGCAACCAGGGAAGUGCUCACCAAUCGAGACACGGGGACAGAACAGGAAGGGUUGACCAUGCAUACCUAAAGGUUACACAACAACACGACCAUCAGGACUGGGGCACUUUUUGCCCAUGGGGACACUGUGGAUGGGGGUCUACACACAUGGAGUUAGCUUUAAGGUUGAGGGGAGGCAGGACCUUCUUCAAAAUCAGUUCUUGGCCCAACAUCAGGGUAUGGCUUCCAAGAAGUCAUCAACGUGAUAUACUUUAAACAAAGUACUCUAACAGGGGAGUGACCAACCCAACUCACUUGGGGAUUCUCGCUCUACUGUUAGACACGUGUGGCAGAGGUGGUGUCUAGACCACCUACUUUAACUUAAGUACUUUUCUCUAUUUCUCCCUCUUCCCUCCCACCCCACACCCCACAAGCUUCCCCCCUCCAAUUUUUUCCCUUCCUUCCCACACCAAUUAUCUCCCAUAUUGGGGGUGAGACGAUGGGAACAUCAGGGUUCAUCCCAAAGUCACUGAAGGUGCGCACGCUCAAUGUCAAGGGACUCAAUAGGCUGGAACGUCGAUCGCAACUCCUUAGAGAAAUAUGUGCAUUCUGCACGUCAGUCGCUGUGGUUCAAGAAAUGCACUUCAGAAGAGGUGGAGAUUCCCCACUACCAGACUGGAGAUACCCCAAAGGAUACUUUGCCUCACAUGAGACUUGUAGGAAAGCGGGGGUGGUGAUCCUCUUCUCCCACCUGACUCCUUUUGAUACCACCAACCAGAUGGAGGGUCGUUUCCUGUUCAUGAAGGGGCACAUCAACUCCCAAAUACACACUUUUGCCAUGCUCCAUGCGCCGAUCAAUCGGCAACAUCUCUUCCUAUAGUCAAUGCUGCAAAAACUAGCCGAAUUCACAGCAGGGGUCUUAGUGCUGGGUGGCAACUUCAACAUGUCACUGGACCUUAGGUUGGACACAUCUCGAGGGCACAGCGCUAUCCCUUACCAACACAUUAGACAAGUCAAAAAAGCCAUGCAGAGACUGCACCUGAUAGAUUGCUGGAGGACGUUGAAUCCAGAGGGUAGGGACUACACCCACCAUUCGGGGGUGCAUAAAUCUUAUUCCAGGAUAGAUUACAUGUUCCUUAUGCAACCAUUCCUGACAGCCCUUCAAGAUGCCCACAUCGGGAGAACAUGACGUGGUUGGACCACUCACCCGUGGGAAUAUGCAUGAAAUCCCCCUUGGUCAAACCCAAGGAACGAAUUUGGCGCCUGAACGAAGUGGCCUCAACAAUCAAAGAUUCACUAACCCACUACUUUGCGGACAACGCUACAACAGAUAUGACCCCAACGGUAAUUUAGGAAGCACACAAAGUUCAUCACCAUAGGAGCACGCAGGACAAAGGCCAGGGCGGCGGAACUUCAGUCGUUGCUCAAAAUUUUAGAGUAGUUAGAACAGAGACAUAAACUCAUGCUGACAGAAGCGGACUUUAAACUCCUCCUGGAUGCCAGAAAGAGCCUGAAGACACUGCUCUCCCAGCAACAACUACACAAGCUGCAGAAAUCCAGACGCUUCUUUUGCAAACACUUGAACAAAUGUGGGAGAAUACUAGUGAAAAUACUGAGGGAAAAAACAAGAAUGAUUCCAGAUCAAUAGGACAUGGUUAGGGUCUCAGAGGCACACAGAACAUCCCAUGGAGAUGACAGAAGCCUUCAGCAAUUAUUACAAUGCCCUAUAUAAUUUACGGGAGGCAAAAUCUCCUCAGGUGGAGGCUGCUCGCAUAGCCAAUGCCGACAUGGCAGCACUGGACGAAGAGAUUACCAUUGAGGAAUUACAGGGGGUCAUCAAAACAUCCAAAACAGGCAGAGCGCCAGGCCUGGAUGGCUUCUCCCUGCGAUACUAUAAAAAAUUUGGGGAAGUACUGCUGGUGGUGUUUAAUUCCCUACUGCAGGGAGAGAAGCUGGGGAUGGAGUUGCUGACAGCAUAUAUCACCGUUCUCCCAAAGGAGGGUAAAGACCCCGAGAUAUGCGCUAGUUAUAGGCCAAUUUCCUUAUUGAACUGUGACUGCAAACUACUAGCCAAGGUCCUGGCGGCCCGUCUGAAACCGGCCCUGACAUCUCUGAUUGGCCCGAACCAAAUCAGCUUCGUCCCUGGGCAAGAAGCCAAGGACAACUGCAUUUGACUCCUGAACAUGAUACCUCCACUUAUCCAUAUCUUCUGGGAAUGCCCACACCUGGUCCCCUACUGGAGGAAGAUCUUUGACACCAUGGCACAGGUGGUGGACGAGGGAGUGAACUUCAAUCCUUCAGAGAUGUUGUUGAACAAAUCUGUCUGUCUCACCAUACAAAAAAUAGCUCUCGAGUCAUUUGCUUAAAGCAUUUGCUCAGUGUUCCCACUAUAUUGGCAGGGUAAGGAACCCCAGUCAUACGAGGCAUGGUUGGGAAGGGUUUGUUAAGACACCCCUGGUGUCUUUAAGAGAAACCGCCGUUUAGUUAGCCUUCCCCUUUCGCAAUACCAAUAACUCCGUUCGCAUAGACUGCAGUAUACGAACCAACAUCAGGGGAAGCGGCAAUCUCCCGACCGGAAUCUGUGAAAGGCUCCAAACUCCCGAAUGGAAAUCCACGAACUGCUGCUAGCCGCCGAACAACGAUAUCCACCAAGCGGCUUUCGGUUCUAAUCAGCAGUCUCCAAGUGCAAAGAAGAAAUCCCCCCAAUAACGAGACAGAAGCUCCGCAUUGAGGGUCAAACAGGAUCUGUCUUUACUGUGGGCUACCUGCCCGUAUUUAUGCAGCUCUACCACUUGGUGGACACUCCCCUAGGGGACCAAAUGGGAGACUGAAAUUACAGAUGGACAUGGGGACAUUUCAGACAUACAAUCACAAGCUUUUCCCACAAUGCAAUAUGGUUUCCUCCCCUCUGCCCUGGAGAUAAUUGAGAAGUAAUUCAAUUAUCUCCAGGACAAAGAAAAAUCGCCAUCUUAAAUACAAUACCAGAAAACACAUAAAAAUACAUAACUUUAAAAUAACCAAACAUUUCCCAUGCGCAUCACAUAUCCCCAGAUAGCCUGGAUCUGAGUGCAUAUUAUUAGCGAAUAGCGCUCAGAUCCCACACACAUAGUUCAAUCGCCAUGGAGUCAAAAUCCUUACAGUCUUUCGGUAUGCGAUUGACUCCAUGGGAAGGCUACCUGGGUUAAAUCCUUUUGUGUGUUUCAAAACUCCCGAACGGCCGGUGUUCGUACGCUUUUGUCGAGGCAGCCAGGGAACCCGUUGUUUCAGCGGUGUUCGGCAGAAAAAGUGUCCUUUUAUAGUUCCAUGGAAUCGGUGCCAAACACCGCUGGGCUUUCGUGCGUUUUAAAAUUACCGCUGCCUCGUGGUCGACAUACAAACGACGGCUACCCUGAAUUCGUUUAAUUGAGAAGUGUCUGCGGUUAACCACAACGUUCUAAUUGGGAUCAAGAGGUUAACCAGCAGCACACUUCUUAUCCUGGGUGGCCAUCCGUUUGGUGAAUUUGUUCGGUGAAAACAGUCAUUCGUAUGGCUGGGCUAUAGAAACAGCCAUUUACACGAAAAGGGGGCAGAAAUAGACGAAUCCACCACAAUAGAUAGAAAGAUGGUUCUGUCACAGGGUUGAAGAGAUACGACAAGUGGAGGAGGAGGCAGCCAUGGGGGGAGGAAGAUUAGACAAAUACGAGGAGAUAUGGCAACCAUAGGCAUUCUAUCUAUGCACCAGAAAAUAAAGCAUUGAGGGAGCCUAGGGUCCACCACAGAAUGCUGAAUGCUGACGGGACCCCCGGACAGAGUUAGGGCUGAGCUGGAGGGUGGAACAUCAAUAAAAUGGACGACACUCACCUGCAAGCCCGGAGGUACCUGGCACAUGCCUACACUUGCACCACAGCACCCCCCCUUCCACCACAGCACCCCCUCCCCCCCUUCCUCCUUCCCCCUCUUUUUUUUUCCCUUUCACCAUUGUCUUCGUUGUUCACAGUUCAUCACCAUUAAGUUACUUCUCUCUUCACCUCUUCUCACUUCAACACUUCUUGGGACUCAGAUGUAUUGCUCACACAGACGAGUUCCCCCUUACACUCACACAGCACUAAUUGGCAGAACCAGAGGCCGCGCAAGUCACAUGGUUUAGACGGGAAAGAAUCCUGGGAUAGCGUACAGCUGGAUACUUAGGUCACCAUACAACAGACCACGAUAUUGGAAAGAGGGGUAGGAUUAGGCCCCCCCAUGGGUAGGGUGUCAUGACUGAUACAAGGACCUAACACACUGAGGCAUGUGACAACGCUGAUAGGGGGAAAACAGACACCGGUAGGCUACUUGCCCAGGACUGCAAGACUACAUGCUAUCCCACUAUCACAAGUACACCACACUACAACAGACGUAGCUGGUUGAUCAACCAACAGCUCGCCACUACUUUGACAACUCUUGACAGACCUAGGCAAAUAUAAGAAAGGGGGACAUACGCCAGAAGCCAAACCCAGCAUGUACAUAAUCCAUAGGUAUUGUAUUAUAUUGUUCGUCUGUGGAUGAUACCUAGCGGCUGAGAGUUUUUUCUUAACAUGUGUGGAGAGAUACAUGUUGGCAUUGGAUGAUACCUUGAGCCACGGAACUGCUAGCUCCUCCCCAGAAAGUUCUAUUAGACUAACACGAGAUAAGGCCCAAGAGGUCAUGAUGGUGAACAGUAGAUUUGGAGCCAGGCAUCAAGCUACACGGGACCCAAGUUCUAAAGUGCUGGAGAUGUACAACCUCCCGCAUAUGUAUGUUUCAGAAUUCUUCAUAAACAUGUAUAUGAGCAGUGUUAUGUAAUAUGCCAGCUGGCACAUACUACCUUAUUAUGAAUGAUUGACAAAAAAAAAUCAUAUCGCAAUGUUUUGCUCACUUAACUGGAUCUCUACUGGGCUCAAAUGCUCCCUGGUUGCACAGUGACAUGCUUUCACCAGAAAUAUAUUAUAACACUCAGUGAAUAACUAUGGAACAUAGGAAAGUUCAGCAGUAAAAACUGGGGACCAAGUUGGAAGAACAUAUCUUUACUGUUUUUGACUCAAAGAGGAGAUAGGAAAACCAUUGCAGUGCAAUAUAUCUGAUUUAUCUUGCAGUUAUAGGUUCUUAUUUUCUUCCCACACUAUCAGCAAUUUGCCGGUAGGCAGGUGCCUGCUCUGGUAAGAAUGGUUGCUCCAUACACCCUGCAUCUUACUAUCAACCAGAGCAAACCUUCCAUGUUCCCUGGUUAUUCUGACACUGACUGAUAUAUGCAUAGCUGGUCAUGAAACAUAUGCUCACAGCAUCAGGAGCAUAUGUAUCAUGACCAGCUAUGCAUUGAAAGCCAUCCCCAGUAAAUAUGUAUUUACUAUGAAAAAGCUGGCCAUUCCAGCCAUCAAGACCAACAGUGUUUAUUUGGUGCAGCUACUAACCAGAAGUGGCUUAGUAAGCACUUUUAAAAUCUAGAUAACUCUUCAUCAUUACAUUGAAAUACCUGUUCAAGCUAAAGAUAUAAACAUGGUAAUUUUGUAAAAAAAAAAUAGAGAUUCUUUUUCUACAGCAGAGUCUCUUAAGAUACACUAAUAAUUUGCUUUGUCAUAUUGAAAAACCUACUGCACCUGCUUCCAGUACAGUUUUGUCUGGUUACAAAGAUAUGCCUUUAUCAAUGUACACUUUAUUCAUUUUAGGGAGAACAAACACCAGGACUUAUGUUCACAAUUUCCCUGAACCAGGCUGCACUUUUGUGCAAAAUAAAAUAA